AUGGUGAAUGGACUUCAUAAACAAGCUGUGCCAGACAGCUGUGAAUGCAUCUCACCCAUCUUUGAUUUCAUGGUACACAAACCUCCUCUGGGGCUCCGGUUCAUCCUCUCUGGGGCUCCGGUUCAUCCUCUCUGGGGCUCCGGUUCAUCCUCUCUGGGGCUCCGGUUCAUCCUCUCUGGGGCUCCGGUUCAUCCUCUCUGGGGCUCCGGUUCAUUCUCUCUGGGGCUCCGGUUCAUCCUCUCUGGGGCUCCGGUUCAUCUUCUCUGGGGCUCCGGUUCAUCCUCUCUGGGGCUCCGGUUCAUCCUCUCUGGGGCUCCGGUUCAUCCUCUCUGGGGCUCCGGUUCAUCCUCUCUGGGGCUCCGGUUCAUCCUCUCUGGGGCUCCGGUUCAUCCUCUCUGGGGCUCCGGUUCAUCCUCUCUGGGACUCAGAAAAUGAAAAACAGAAAUACCUUAUUUACAUAAGUAUUCAGACACUUUGCUAUGAGCUCAGGUUCAUCCUGUUUCCAUUGAUCAUCCUUGAGAUGUUUCUACAACUUGAUUGGAGUCCAUCUGUGGUAAAUCCAAUUGAUUGGAUAUGAUUAGGAAUGGAAAGCAAAAACCAAGCCAUGAGGUCGAAGGAAUUGUCUGUAGAGCUCCGAGAGAGGAUUAUGUCAAGGCACAGAUCUGGGGAAUGGUACCAAAACAUUUCUGCAGCAUUGAAGGUCCCCAAGAACAGAGAAGCCUCCAUCAUUCUUAAAUGGAAGAAGUUUGCAACCACCAAGACUCUUCCUAGAGCUGGCCGCCCGGCCAAACUGAGCAAGACUAGUUAGGAUCAAGCAAAGUACAGAGAGAUCCUUGAUGAAAACCUGCUCCAGAGCACUCAGGACCUCAGACUGGGGUGAAGGUUCACUUUCCAACAGGACAGAGCUUGAGAGGAUCUGUAGAGAAUAAUGGGAGAAACUCCCCAAAUACAGGUGUGCCAAGCUUGUAGCGUCAUACCCAAGAAGACUCAAGGCUGUAAUUGCUGCCAAAGGUGCUUCAACAAAGUACUGAGUAAAGGGUCUGAAUACUUAUGUAAAUGUCAUAUUUAAGUGUAUUUUUUUUAAAUAAAUGAGCUAAAAUUUCUAAAAAGCUGUUUUUGCUUUGUCAUUAUGGGGUAUUGGAAAAAGUCAAGGGGUCUGAAUAUUUUCAGAAUGCACUGUAUAUGCCAUUUACCAGAUGCUUUUAACCAAAGCGACUUAGUCAUGCGUGCAUACAUUUUACAUAUGGUUGGUCCUGGGAAUCGAACCCACAACCCUGGAGUUAUAAGCACUGUGCUCCCACUGCCCUGAAGUUACAAGCACCAUGCUCCCACUAUCAACUGAGCUACAAAGUGUGUGUGGUGUUAAUUGGAGUCAUUCUUCAGUGAGUUACAGUGAAUGGAUGUAAAGCCCAUAUAAUUAAAAUGAGAGAUCAAAUCAAAUCAAAUCACAUUAUAUUUGUCACAUGCGCAGAAUACAACAGGUUUAGACCUUACCGUGAAAUGCUUACUUACUAGCCCUUAACCAACAAUGCAGUUCAAUAAAUAUUUAUAUAUCUAUAUAAAGGGGGUACCGGUACCGAGUCAAUGUGCGGGGGCACAGCUUAGUCGAGGUAAUUUGUACAUGUAGGUAGGGGUAAAGUGACUAUGCAUAGAUAAUAAACAGUGAGUAGCAGCAGUGUAAAAACAAGCGGGGGGGGUUUCAAUGCAAAUAGUCCUGGUGGCCAUUUGAUUAAUUUUUCAGCAGUCUUAAGGCUAGAAGCUGUUAAGGAGUCUUUUGGACCUAGACUUGGCACUCCGGUACCGCUUGCCAUGCGGUAGCAGAGAGAACAGUCUAUGACUUGGGUGGCUGGAGUCUUUCACAAUUUUUUUCCUCUGACACCGCCUAGUAUAUAGGUCCUGGAUGGCAGGAAGCUUGGCCCCGGUGAUGUACUGUGCCAUACACACUGUAGAACUUUUUGAGGAUCUGAGGACCCAUGCCAAAUCUUUUCAGUCUCCUGAGGGGGAAAAGGUGUUGUCGUGCCCUCUUCACGACUGUCUUGGUGUGUUUGGACCAUGAUAGUUUCUUGGUGAUGUUGACACCAAGGAACUUGAAACGCUCUACCCGCUCCACUACAGCCCCGUCAAUGUUCAGCCCUCCUUUUCCUGUAGUCCACGAUCAGCUCCUUUGUCUUGCUCACAUUGAGGGAGAGGUUGUUGUCCUGGCACCACACUGCAAGGUUUCUGACCUCCUCCCUAUAGGCUGUCUCAUCGUUGUUGAGCGUCAGAGCCGGUGUUGUAGGAUCGAAUCUUAGUCCUGUAUUGACGCUUUGCCUUUUUGAUCGUUCGUCUGAGGGCAUAGCGGGAUUUCUUAUAAGCGUCCGGAUUAGUUUCCCGCUGCUUGAAAGCGGCAGCACUAGCCUUUAGCUCGGUGCGGAUGUUGCCUGUAAUCCAUGGCUUCUGGUUGGGAUAUGUACGUGCGGUCACUGUGGGGACGACGUCGUCGAUGCACUUAUUGAUGAAGCCGUUGACUGAGGUGGUAUACUCCUCAGUGCCAUUGGAUGAAUCCCGGAAUAUAUUCUAGUCUGUACUAGCAAAACAGAUGAUAACCGUUCCAUUUCUUUUAUGCAGCCUAUAGCUUUUUAGCCAUCAAACCUGCCCCUAUCCCUUCUUCUCUACUCUUGUUGUACAUGCGAUGCAGUGCUGCUUUGAAAUCAGUCAAGUAGUUAAUAUGAUUUUUCAGUUAGUUCAUUGAAAACAAAGAACAUGCCAGCUGCCUGGUGUCAAUCAAGAAGACACACAGGAGACAACAUCUAGCCUGUUGAAUAGUCAUGCCAUUCACUUCUCUGUGAAUGUGAGAAGACAAAAGGUGUCAUUUAGUUUUGAAACCUGCCUACAGAAACAGAAACGGUGAUGAUCAAUUGGAUGAGUGGCAGCUAAUUAGUGAGACGUCCCUAAUGAAGGCACUCCAAAGGUGGGCGACCACAGUUUGACACUGCACGCCACACAGAGAAUUGACAUCCGUCUGGGAAGGGGAGUUGAAAGGUAAUGGCCUGCUGAUGGCGGUGCCGGCUGAGACGGCUAAUGAGAUGUCACCAGCUGCCUGUGUCUGCCAGGUUGCAGCAACUCUGCACCUGUAAGGUUAGAUGGUAUUAUGUGCUGCGUAUGAUAAUAGCAGUUUUAUUGCACUAAAGAUGCACACAUUUGCAUAGGCACUUUCUCAACACACUCUAUCUCUCUCUCCUGCUUCUUUCUCUCGCUCUCUAUGACAUACUAACGUGCAUGCACUGUACACACGCACGCACGCACACGCACACGCACACACAACCACACCCGUGGCCACAAGACAAAGACAGAGCUGCAGUCCUUUUGUCUCUGUUCUGUGCCAGACCAGGUCACAAUGGCAACAUGAUUAUCUAUUCUUGCAACUCUCCGCUGUCGUUGCCUUUUAGAGUCACAUAGCAAGGCCAGCACUGCAUUGGCACAACACAGAGUAUAGUUCUUAAUGUUAGGAACAACAGGAUGGCACUCAUGAACCAGCUGCUAAUGAUCCAAUUAGACAAAGCCAGGGAGAAAAUAAAGGAAAAUGGCUGAUGUUUGUGGGUGACCAGCUAGCUAUUAGGUGAUGAAAUCUUGUAUAUUUUUUUUGCUAUAUAGUCUAAUUAUAUUAUUUGUACCAGUUAAAUGAUAUUAUUUUACCAGUUUAAUGAUAUUAUUUGUACCAGUGGUGUGUUGGAAAUUAGUUCACUUUUGGUUUUUGUGUUUCCGUCAGUUCAUUUGAGGAUGCAAGCUCAGUACAGUCUUUGGUUUUCAGAGAAAAUGUAUGCUGUCUGCUCCAAAUAUGCACAACAUCACAAAGCUAUAUUGCAGUUCCAAUGUUUAUGUAUGUUCACGUAAACCCCUCUGAGCUUGUUAAGAAAGUAGAAUUGUUCCAUCACUUUGCCAAUUGUUCUACCCCUGAAGUGAAACAAUGUGUAGAACACAAUCUAAUGAGCUUGGUGUUACAGCUGGUCUACAGUAAUGAGGGGAUAUAAACAUUAUUCAGAUAUCAUCUCUACGAUCCUUCAGGAAGAGGCUGUUUAUGUAUUCUUCUUUACUUCCUGCCGCAUAUACACUCAAGUGUACAAAACAUUAGGAGCACAAUCCUAAUAUUGAGUUGCACAACCCCCCCUCCCUUUUGCCCUCAGAACAGCCUCAGUUCGUCGGGUCAUGGACUUUACAAGUUGUCAAGCGUUCCACAGGGAUGCUGUCCCAUGUUGACUCCAAUGCUUCCCACAGUUGUGUCAAGUUGGUUGGAUGUCCUUUAGAUGGUGGACCAUUCUUGAUACACACGGGAAACUGUUGAGUGUGAAAAACCCAGCAGAGUUGCAGUUCUUGACACAAACCGAUGCUCCUGGCACCUAUUACCAUACCCCGUUCAAAGGCACUUAAAUAUUUUGUUUUGCGCAUUCACCCUCUGAAUGGCACACAUACACAAUCCAUGUCUUAAUUGUCUCAAGGCUUAAACAACCUUCUUUAGCCUGUCUCCCCUUCAUCUACACUGUUUGAAGUGGAUUUAACAAGUGACAUCAAUAAGGGAUCAUAGCUUUCACCUGGAUUCACCUGGUCAGUCUGUCAUAGAAAGAGCAGGUGUUCUUAAUGUUUUGUAUACUCAGUGUAUAGUGUAAUCAUUUUGUUAUCUUGAAUUCUGAUAUUUACAUUUACAUUUUAGUCAUUUAGCAGACGCUCUUAUCCAGAGCGACUUACAGGAGCAAUUAGGGUUAAGUGCCUUGCUUAAGGGCACAUCGACAGAUUUUUCACCUAGUCGGCUCGGGGAUUAGAACCAGCGACCUUUCGGUUACUGGCACAACGCUCUUACCCACUAAGCUAUCUGCCGCCCCAAGGUUAGAUGAUAUACUGAGCAUCUUAGCAGUAGCAGCAUAGCAUACAGCAGGGGCGUGAAUCGGUGUACCCAGGGGCUUGUGUGUGUUCAGCUGACGUGCGUGACAUUAGGAAGAUUAUCAGGGAUGUAUUUACAUAUACUUGAUCAAUGUUAGAUCACCAAUUUAUGUUAAUUUCCUGGCAUUCAAGCCUUCAAUAAGGAUGUUUCACAUUGGGGUGUGUGUGUUCAGCUGACGUGCGUGACAUUAGGGACCUCAUCCUGAGAGAAGAAGAGUAAAAAGUCCUAAUGAGCAGGGAGGGAGGCCGUUGGUUCAGGAGUGGAGACAGGAAUAGAAAUAAUGAAGUCACUGUGGGGUUAGGAGCUGUUUAUGUGGACAGUGACUAUACAUAAACUCUUUGAUCCAAUGGGAGGUCUUCUGUCCUCUCAAGAAUUCCAGAUAUGCUGGUUCACAUCUGCACAGUAAUUGGACGGAACCUGGAACCUGGAAAAGAACAUGUCAUCAUUGGAGUGCUGUGUCCAUCUACAUACGAAAUGGAGCAGUCUCCAGGGAUAUAUUGACACCUUAUAAAGUACAACUCAACCAGUGGUUGCAAUAAAGGGAACUAUUUAAUGUAUAGUCAAAAUGUUGCUAUUUUCAAAAGUACUUGAUCAAACUACCUUUGGAAAAUAAGAAUUUUUGACUGGAUGAGCUCAGUUUCAGCUGUUUUAACUUGAAUAAAUAGGAAUUGUUUAAGGGUCCAUCUUUUGUUCCUUCCUCACAGGUAUUAUAUAAAUAGGGAAGAACAAAAGGUCUGCACACUUUACAAAUAUAAUAAUAUAACCUCCCUGGAAAGCAAUUAUCUCGAAUUGAAAUAAAGAGGAGACAUUUAUUCGUCAUCAAAUACCAUUUCACUAUUUCUUCUAAACUCUGGCUUUAUCCUGGUCGAUAUUCUGUGCAGAAAACUGUUAUAGUUUGAGCUACUGUAUACUGCCUGCCUGCAGGAUAUAAGGGUUUGUUUAGAUGAUUUUUCUCUCUAGUAAUAGUAUGUCUGUGUUUGGGGGAUAUUGUGGUAAAUUGCUGUAAUCAUCUGAUGGAGAUUGAGAAAUAGAUGUUUCUCAGUAAUGAAUAUAUAUGCCAUAUUUUGGUGAAGCAAACGGUUUUCUAAUUUCAUUUGCUAAAUAAGUUACUUUACAUUGUGGAGGAUUUGCAUUGCAGUAGCCUGCAUGGUCUGAAUGGAUGAGUAAACCCCAGUGAGUUUGCAAAUGCUUAUCUUGCACAGACGUGAGUUACAAUGCAUUUGUAAGUGCUUAGCUUGCACCUCUUCUAAAAUACUGUCACCAGGCUCCACUUAAAUGGACUCAGAAAAGCAUGUGCAUACAUCACAAUAACAGCCUAUAUAGUUAACUUGUAGAACUGUCUCUUUAUUGUCUACCAAGAGACCAAUCUCUGUACACUCUCCUUCAGAGAGGUAACACUCCACCUCCAUUCUACUGCAUGAAUUCCUUGUGUGUGUAAUGUGUGCCUCUUUAUACUACCCCCCCCCCCCCCCCCCCCCAUAUGCCAUUGUGUUUUCAGCUGCAGGGAGAAGUGAAUUAAUGACACUGCUUGACUCUGUUGGACUAUUCACAAAGCCUGGAGCCCCGGUGUCAACAACCCAUCUUUCCUUGACUCUGUGAUACACAUAAUACACAUUAUCGAUUUAGUUCGUCACCUGCCUGACGGUCGCUAGUGAUCUGUCAUCCGAGUUUCUUUUUUUUUUCUUUUUUUUCCUGUUACUCUCUCUCUUUCUCUUUCUCUCCGUUCAUCACCCUCAACCUCCCAAUACAGUUUGUUGAUGCAGGUUAGAGGGAUAGAAAUGAAGAAGAAUAAUGACUCACAUACUCAGAGAGAGGUCAUGUUUAACUCCCUGGGAGCAGACCAUACAGUGGGGAGAACAAGUAUUUGAUACACUGCCGAUUUUGCAGGUUUUCCUAGUUACAAAGCAUUUAGAGGUCUGUCAUUUUUUAUCAUAGGUACACUUCAACUGUGAGAGACGGAAUCUAAAACAAAAAUCCAAAAAAUCACAUUGUAUGAUUUUUAAGUAAUUAAUUUGCAUUUUAUUGCAUGACAUAAGUAUUUGAUCACCUACCAACCAGUAAGAAUUCCGGCUCUCACAGACCUGUUCAUUUUUCUUUAAGAAGCCCUCCUGUUCUCCACUCAUUACCUGUAUUAACUGCACCUGUUUGAACUCGUUACAUGUAUAAAAGACACCUGUCCACACACUCACUCAAACAGACUCCAACCUCUCCACAAUGGCCAAGACCAGAGAGCUGUGUAAGGACAUAAAAUUGUAGACCUGCACAAGGCUGGGAUGGGCUACAGGACAAUAGGCAAGCAGCUUGGUGAGAAGGCAACAACUGUUGGCGCAAUUAUUAGAAAAUGGAAGAAGUUCAAGAUGACGGUCAAUCAUCCUCGGUCUGGGGCUCCAUGCAAGAUCUCACCUCGUGGGGCAUCAAUGAUCAUGAGGAAGGUGAGGGAUCAGCCCAGAACUACACGGCAGGACAUGGUCAAUGACCUGAAGAGAGCUGGGACCACAGUCUCAAAGAAAACCAUUAGUAACACACUACGCCGUCAUGGAUUAAAAUCCUGCAGCGCACGCAAGGUCCCCCUGCUCAAGCCAGUGCAUGUCCAGGCCCGUCUGAAGUUUGCCAAUGACCAUCUGGAUGAUCCAGAGGAGGAAUGGGAGAAGGUCAUGUGGUCUGAUGAGACAAAAAUAGAGCUUUUUGGUCUAAACUCCACUCGCCGUGUUUGGAGGAAGAAGAAGGAUGAGUACAACCCCAAGAACACCAUCCCAACCGUGAAUCGUGGAGGUGGAAACAUCAUUCUUUGGGGAUGCUUUUCUGCAAAGGGGACAGGACGACUGCACCGUAUUGAGGGGAGGAUGGAUGGGGCCAUGUAUUGCGAGAUCUUGGCCAACAACCUCCUUCCCUCAGUAAGAGCAUUGAAGAUGGGUCGUGGCUGGGUCUUCCAGCAUGACAACGACCCGAAAUACACAGCCAGGGCAGCUAAGGAGUGGCUCUGUAAGAAGCAUCUCAAGGUCCUGGAGUGGCCUAGCCAGUCUCCAGACCUGAACCCAAUAGAACGUCUUUGGAGGGAGCUGAAAGUCCGUAUUGCCCAGUGACAGCCCCGAAACGUGAAGGAUCUGGAGAAGGUCUGUAUGGAGGAGUGGGCCAAAAUUCCCACUGCAGUGUGUGCAAACCUGGUCAAGACCUACAGGAAACGUAUGAUCUCUGUAAUUGCAAACAAAGGUUUCUGUACCAAAUAUUAAGUUCUGCUUUUCUGACGUAUCAAAUACUUAUGUCAUGCAAUAAAAUGCAAAUUAAUUACUUAAAAAUCAUACAAUGUCAUUUUCUGGAGUUUUGUUUUAGAUUCCUUCUCUCUCAGUUGAAGUGUACCUAUGAUAACAAUUACAGACCUCUACAUGCUUUGUAAGUAGGAAAACCUGCAAAAUCGGCAGUGUAUCAAAUACUUGUUCUCCCCACUGUAUGUGGUACCAAUAGUUUUUUUUUUCUCAGUCACUACAUGCCACAGUACUGUUUUUUCCCCCCUCUGAGUUGUGUGGUGGCCAUUCUCACAAUUCCAACUCACACAACAUGACCCACGCAACGCAUUUUAUCUUUUUUAUCUUAAAGCAGAGUCAUUUGGAGCGAGAGCUCUUGCUUUGUCGCAUCAUAGUAAUGUUUCAUACCUUUCACCCGUUUUUAUUUAUGAUCCAAAACAUUUGUCCAGACGAGACAAAACCCUUUUCAAUUCUUUACUGAAAUGCAUUUUCCUUUACAAGAUACAAGGUCAGUUCAGAGAAACGUGGUUAAAUGCUCUCCGGUUUUGUUUAAUGAAUAAAGUUCCCUAAAGAUUUUCAUUUUUCCUGUAUAGUAUAUAUUUAUAUUAUAUAUUUCCUGUAUUUAUAUAUGUAUUUAUAUUAUAUAUUUCCUGUAUCUUAUAUAUGUAUUUAUAUUAUAUAUUUCCUGUAUCUUAUAUAUAUAUUUAUAUUAUAUAUUUCCUGUAUCUUAUAUAUAUAUUUAUAUUAUAUAUUUCCUGUAUCUUAUAUAUGUAUUUAUAUUAUAUAUUUCCUGUAUCUUAUAUAUGUAUUUAUAUUAUAUAUUUCCUGUAUCUUAUAUAUGUAUGUAUAUACAUAUAUAGACAGUUGAAGUCGGAAGUUUACAUACACCUUAGCCAAAUACAUUUAAACUCAGGUUUUCACAAUUCCUGACAUUUAAUCCUAGUAAAAAUACCCUGUCUUAGGUCAAUUAGGAUCACCACUUUAUUUUAAGAAUGUGAAAUGUCCGAAUAAUAGUGGAGAGAAUGAUUUAUUUCAGAUAUAUUUCUUUCAUCACAUUACCAGUGGGUCAGAUGUUUACAUACACUCAAUUAGUAUUUGGUAGCAUUGCCUUUAAAUUGUUUAACUUGGGUCAAACGUUUCGGGUAGCCUUCCACAAGCUUCCCACAAUAAAUUGGGUGGAUUUUGGCCCAUUCCUCCUGACAGAGCUUGUGUAACUGAGUCAGGUUUGUAGGCCUCCUUGCUCGCACACGCUUUUUCAGUUCUGCCCACUAAUUCUCUAUAGGAUUGAGGUCAGGGCUUUGUGAUGGCCACUCCAAUACCUUGACUUUGUUGUCCUUAAGCCAUUUUGCCACAACUUUGGAAGUAUGCUUGGGGUCAUUGUCCAUUUGGAAGACCCAUUUGCGACCAAGCUUUAACUUCCUGACUGAUGUCUUGAGAUGUUGCUAAAAUAUAUCCACAUAAUUUUCCUUCCUCAUGAUGCCAUCUAUUUUGUGAAGUGAAACAGUCCCUCCUGCAGCAAAGCACCCCCACAGCAUGAUGCUGCCACCCCCGUGCUUCACGGUUGGGAUGCUGUUCUUCUGCUUGCAAGAAACCCCCUAUUUCCUCCAAACAUAAUGAUGGUCAUUAUGGCCAAACAGUUCUAUUUUUUUUUCAUCAGACCAGAGGACAUUUCUCCAAAAAGUAUGAUCUUUGUCCCCAUGUGCAGUUGCAAACCGUAGUCUGGCUUUUUUAUGGCGAUUUUGGAGCAGUGGCUUCUUCCUUGCUGAGUGGCCUUUCAGGUUAUGUCGAUAUAGGACUCAUUUUACUGUGGAUAUAGAUACUUUUGUACCUGUUUCCUCCAGCAUCUUCACAAGGUCCUUUGCUGUUGUUCUGGGAUUGAUUUGCACUUUUCGCACCAAAGUACGUUCAUCUCUAGGAGACAGAACGCGUCUCUUUCCUGAGCGGUAUGACAGCUGCAUGGUCCCAUGGUGUUUAUACUUGCGUACUAUUGUUUGUACAGAUGAACGUGGUACCUUCAGGCGUUUGGAAAUUGCUCCCAAGGAUGAACCAGACUUGUGGAGGUCUACAAUUUUGUUCUGAGGUAUUGGAUGAUUUCUUUUGAUUUUCCCAUGAUGUCAAGCCAAGAGGCACUGAGUUUGAAGGUAGGCCUCGAAAUACAUCCACAGGUACACCUCCAAUUUACUCAAAUUAUGUCAAUUAGCCUAUCAGAAUCUUCUAAAACCAUGACAUCAUUUUCUGGAAUUUUCCAAGAUAUUUAAAGGCACAGUCAACUUAGUGUAUGUAAACUUCUGACCCACUGGAAUUGUGAUACAGUGAAUUAUAAGUGAAAUAAUCUGUAAACAAUUGUUGGAAAAAUUACUUGUAUCAUACAUUAAGUUGACUGUGCCUUUAAACAGCUCUUAAAAUAAAGUGGUGAUCCUAACUGACCCAAGACAGGGAUUCUUUACUAGGAUUAAAUGUCAGGAAUUGUGAAAAACUGAGUUUAAAUGUAUUUGGCUAAGGUGUAUGUAAACUUCUUACUUCAACUGUAUAUAUACAGUGAGGGAAAAAAGUAUUUGAUCCCCUGCUGAUUUUGUAUGUUUGCCCACUGACAAAGAAAUGAUCAGUCUAUAUAUAUAUAUAUAUAUAUAUAUAUAUAUAUAUAUAUAUAUAUAUAUAUAUACUGCUCAAAAAAAUAAAGGGAACACUUAAACAACACAAUGUAACUCCAAGUCAAUCACAUUUCUGUGAAAUCAAACUGUCCACUUAGGAAGCAACACUGAUUGACAAUACAUUGCACAUGCUGUUGUGCAAAUGGAAUAGAUAACAGGUGGAAAUUAUAGGCAAUUAGCAAGACACCCCCAAUAAAGAAGUGGUUCUGCAGGUGGUGACCACAGACCACUUCUCAGUUCCUAUGCUUCCUGGCUGAUGUUUUGGUCACUUUUGAAUGCUGGCGGUGCUUUCACUCCAGUGGUAGCAUGAGACAGAGUCUACAACCCACACAAGUGGCUCAGGUAGUGCAGCUCAUCCAGGAUGGCACAUCAAUGCGAGCUGUGGCAAGAAGGUUUGCUGUGUCUGUCAGCGUAGUUUCCAGAGCAUGGAGGCGCUACCAGGAGACAGGCCAGUACAUCAGGAGACGUGGAGGAGGCCGUAGGAGGGCAACAACCCAGCAGCAGGACUGCUACCUCCGCCUUUGUGCAAGGAGGAGCAGGAGGAGCACUGCCAGAGCCCUGCAAAAUGACCUCCAGCAGGCCACAAAUGUGCAUGUGUCUGCUCAAACGUUCAGAAACAGACUCCAUGAGGGUAGUAUGAGGGCCCGACGUCCACAGGUGGGGGUUGUGCUUACAGCCCAACACCGUGCAGGACGUUUGGCAUUUGCCAGAGAACACCAAGAUUGGCAAAUUCGCCACUGGCACCCUGUGCUCUUCACAGAUGAAAGCAGGUUCACACUGAGCACAUGUGACAGACAUGACAGAGUCUGGAGACGCCGUGGAGAACGUUCUGCUGCCUGCAACAUCCUCCAGCAUGACCGGUUUGGCAGUGGGUCAGUCAUGGUGUGGGGUGGCAUUUCUUUGGGGGGCCGCACAGCCCUCUAUGUGCUCGCCAAAGGAAGCCUGACUGCCAUUAGGUACCGAGAUGAGAUCCUCAGACCCCUUGUGAGACCAUAUGCUGGUGCGGUUGGCCCUGGGUUCCUCAUAAUGCAACACAAUGCUAGACCUCAUGUUGCUGGAGUGUGUCAGCAGUUCCUGCAAGAGGAAGGCAUUGAUGCUAUGGACUGGCCCGCCCGUUCCCCAGACCUGAAUCCAAUUGAGCACAUCUGGGACAUCAGGUCUCGCUCCAUCCACCAACGCCACAUUGCACCACAGACUGUCCAGGAGUUGGCAGAUGCUUUAGUCCAGGUCUGGGAGGAGAUCCCUCAGGAGACCAUCCGCCACCUCAUUAGGAGCAUGCCCAGGCGUUGUAGGGAGGUCAUACAGGCACGUGGAGGCCACACACACUACUGAGCCUCAUUUUGACUUGUUUUAAGGACAUUACAUCAAAGUUGGAUCAGCCUGUAGUGUGGUUUUCCACUUUAAUUUUGAGGGUGACUCCAAAUCCAGACGUCCAUGGGUUGAUACAUUUGAUUUCCAUUGAUAAUUUUUGUGUGAUUUUGUUGUCAGCACAUUCAACUAUGUAAAGAAAAAAGUAUUUAAUAAGAUUAUUUCAUUCAUUCAGAUCUAGGAUGUGUUAUUUUAGUGGUUCCCUUUAAUUUUUUUGAGCAGUGUGUAUAUACCAUAUAUCUCUACUCCCCCCCUCUUCCCCCCCUUUUCCCCCUCCUCUCCCCUUUCCUCCCCCCUUUUCCUCCCCUCCCUCCUCUCUUCCCCCAAAUCUCCUUCCUCUCCCCCCCUUUUUUCCUCCUAUCCCCUUUCCCUCUCUCCCCCCCUCUUUUCCCUUCCCCUCUAUUUCCUCUCCCCCCCUUUCUCCCCCUCCCUCCCUUUUCUCCUCCCCCUUUUCCCCCUCCUUCCCCUCCUCUUUUCCCCCUCUUUUCCCUUUCCUUUUCCUUCCUUUCCCUUUUCCCCUUUCCCUCCCCCUUUCCCCUCUCUCCCCCUCUCUUCCUCCUAUCUCCUUCCUCUCUCCCCCCCUCUUUUCCCCUCCCUUUUUUCCCCCCCUUUUUUUUUCCCCCCUCUCCCCCCUCCUCUCUCCCUCCUUUUCUCCCUCCUCUCUCCCCCCCCUCCCCUCCCCUUCUUCUUCCUCCUCCCUCCCUCUUCCCUCCUCUCUCCCCCCCUCUCUUCCUCAAACCCCCCUCCUCCCCCCCUUUCCGUUUCUCCCUCCUCUCUUCCCCCUCCUCUCUCCCCCCCUCCCUCCCCUUUCCCCUCCUCUCUCCCUCCCCUCCCCCCUCCCCCCCUUCCUUUUCCUCUUUUCCCCUCUACCCCCUCCUCUCUCCCUCCUCUUUUCCCUUUUCCCCCUUUCUCCCCCCCCCCUCCCCCCUUCCCUUUUCUCCUUCCUCUUUUCCCUCUAACCCUCCCCCUCUCCCUCCCUCUUUCCUCCUCUUUUUCCCUCCCCCCCCUCUUUCCUCCCUCUCCCCCCCACCCCCUCCUCCCCUUCCCUCCUCUUCCUUCCUCUCUCCCUCCUCUUUUCCUCCCCCUCUCCUUCCUCUCUCCCUCCUCUUUUUCCCCUCUGGGGCCCUUUUCCCUCCUCCCCCCCCUUUUCUCCCCCCUUUCUCUCCCCCUCUAAACCCCUUUCCUUUCUCCUUUUUUUAUUCCUCUCCCCCCCUCUCUCCCUUCCCUCUUUCCUCCCCUCCCCCCUCCUCUUUUCCCCUCCUCUUUUCCCCUCCUCAUUUUUCCUCCUCUUUUUCCUCCUCUCCCCCUUUCCCCUUCCCCUUCCCCUUCCUUUUUUCCUCCCCUUUUCCCUUCUCUUUUUCCUUUUUCCCUUUUUCAUCCUCCUCCCUCCUCCUUUCCUCCUCUCCCCCUUUCCCUCCCCCUUUCCUCUCCCCUUUUCCUCUCUCCCCCCUCUUUUCCCCUCCUCUCCCCCUUCCUCUCUCACUUCCCCCCUUCUUCCCCUCCCCUCCUUCCUUUCUUCCCCCUCCUCUCUUUUUCCUCUCUCCCUCCUCUUUUCCCUUCCUCAAACCCCCUCCUCUCCCCUCCUCUCUUCCUCCUUUUCUCCCUCAUCUCCCCCUCAAAAACCCUUUCCUCUAACCCCCCUCUCUCCCUCCUCUCUCCCUCCUCUUCCCCUCCUCUCUCCCCCCCCUUUUCUUCCUCUUUUUCCCUCCUCUCCCCCUUCCUCUCUCCUUCCUCCUUCUUUUCCCUUCCCCCUCUCUUCCUCCUCCCCUCCCUCCUCUCCCUCCUUUUUUCCCCCCCUCUCUUCCUCUAACUUUUCCCCCCUUUUCCCCCUUUCCUCUCCCCCUCCUCUCCCUUUCCUUUUCCCCUUCCUCUCUUCCCCCUCCUCCUCUCCCCUCCUCUCUCUUUCCCUCCUUCCUCCUUUCCCCCUCCCCACCCCCUCCCUAACCCCCUUCCCCCUUUUCCUCAACCCCCCUUUUUCUUUCCCCUUCCUCUCUCCCUCCUCCUUCCUCCUCUCCUCCCCCCUCCUCCCUCCCCCUUUUCCCCAAACCUCUUUUUUCCUCCCCCCCCUCCCUCUCUCCCGUCCUCUUUUUCCCUCUCUCCCCCCUUUCUCUUCCUCCUCUCAAUUUCCCUCUCCCUCCUCCUCUUUUCCUCCCCCCCUCUUCCUCCUCUCUCCUUCCUCCCUACCCCUCCCCUCCCCCCCUUCUCCCUCCUCUCUUCCCUCCCCCUCCCUAAACCCUCCUCCCUCCCUCCCCCUCCCUCCCUCCCCUCCCUCUUUUUCUUCCCAAAACCCCUCCUCUCUCCCCUCCUCUCUCCCUCCUCUCUCCUUCUUCUCUCCCCUCCUCCCCACCCCCCCUCUCCCCUUUAAACCCACCUCUCCCCCCUCUUUUCCUCCCCUCCCCUCCCCCCCUUUCCCCCUCCUCUCUUACUCCUUUUUCCUUCCUCUCCCUCCCUCCUCUCUUCUCCUCCCUCCCCCCCUCCCCCCUCCUCUCUUCCUCCUCCCCUCCCUCCUCUCCCCUUCCCCCCCUCUCCCCUCCUCUUUUCCCCAAAUCUUUCCUCCUCCCCUUCCCCUCACCCCUUCCUUUUCCCCCCUCCUUUUUCCUCUUUUCCCUCCUCCCCCUUUCCCUCUCUCCCUCCUCUCUUCCCCCUUUCUCUCCCCCUCUCUUUCUCCCCCCUCUUUCCUUUUUCCCUCUUCCCCCCCCUCUUCCUCCUCCUCCUCCCUCCUAUAUCCCCCCCUUUUCCCCCCCCCUCUUUUCUUUCCUCCUCUCUCCUUCCUCUCUUCCUCCCCUCUCCCUCCUCUUUUUCCCCUCUUUUCCCCACCCUUUUCCUUUCCUCCUCUCCCCCCCCUCCUCUCUUUCUCCUCUCUCCUUCUUCUCUUCCUCCUUUUCCUUUCCCCCUUUCCCCCCUUUUUUCUUUUUCUCUUCCCUCCUCUCUUCCUCCUUUUCCUCCCUCUCUCAACCCCCCUCUAUCCCUCCUCUCUUCCUCAAAACCCCCUCCUCCCUCCUCUCUCCCCCCCUUUUCCUCCCCUUUUCCUCUUUUCCUCUCUCCCCCCUCUCUCCCUCCUCUUUUCCCUCCCCCCUCUCCAUUCCUCUCUUCCUUUUUCUCCCUUUUCCCCUCUCCCCUCCUCUCUUCCUCAAAAACCCAAACUCCUCCCUUCCUCUUUUUCCCUCACUUUUUCCUCCUCUCUUCCUCCUCCCCUUUUCCUUCUUUUUCCCCUCCUCUUUUCCCCUUUUCCCCUCCUCUUCCUUCCUCUCUCCCCCUCUCCCCCUUCCUUUUCUCCCUCCCUCUCCCUCCUUUUCUUUUCUCCUCCUCCUUAUUACCCACCCUCCCUCCUCCCCCCUUUCCUCUCUCCCUCCUCUCCCUCCUCCUCCCUCCUCUCUCCCUCCCUUUUCCCCUCAACCCCCCCUCUCUCCCCCUCCCCCCCUUCCUAAACCCUCCUUCUAUUUCCUUUGCCCUCCCCCCCCCCCCCUUCCCCUUUUUUCCCUCCCCCCUGGGCCCCCAAUCCCUUCCCCCUCCCCCCCUCUUCCCUUCCCCUUCCUCCCUCCCCUCCUCUCCCCCUCCCUCUAUUUUUUUUCUCCCUCCUCUUUUCCCUUUCCUCUCUCCUCCCUUUUCCUCCUCUCCCCCCCUCCCCCCCCUCCUCUCUCCCUCCUCUCUUCCCUAACCCUCCUCAAACCUCCUCCUCUCCCCCUCCUCUCUUCCUCAAACCCCUCCUCUCCCCCCCCUCCUCUUUUCCCCUCCUCCCCUCCCUCCCCUCUUCCCCCCUCUCUCCUAUCCUCUCCCUCUUCUCCCCCCCUCUCCCUCCUCUCCCUCCUUUUCCCUCCCCCCUCCUUUUUCUCCCCCUCCUUCUCCCCCCUCUCUUCCUCCUCUCCCUCCUCUCUUUCCUCCUCUCUCCUAUCUCUCCCCCUCCCUCUCCCUCCUCUCCCCCUCCCUCCCUCCCCUUUUUUCCCUCCCCCCUCGUCCCUUUCCUUUUUUUCCCUCCCUUUCCUCCCUCCCUCCCCUUCCCCCUGCCCCCCCGCUUCCUCCUCUCCCUAUCUCCCCUCCCCCAUCCUCCCCCCCCUCCCCUCCUCUCCCCUCCCUAUCCCCCCCUUCCUCUCCCCCCCUCUUCCCUCCCUCCCCCCCUCCCCCCUCUCUUUCCCCUCCUCCCCCUUCCUCUCUUCCAAACCCUCCCCCCCCCCUCCCCCCAAUCCCCCCUCUUUCCCCCUCUCCCCCUUAUUCUCUUCCCCCUCUCUUCCUCCCUUUUCCCCUCCUCCCCCUUCCCUCAUCUUACUCCCCCUCCCUCCUCUCCCCUCCUUUCCCCCCUCUUUUUCCUUUCCUCCUCCCCCCCUUUUCCUCUCUCCCUCCUCCUUCCUCCUCUCUCCCUCCUCUCUUCCUCCUCUUUUCCUUUCCCUUUUCUCCCUUCCUCCCCCCCCUCCCCUCUUUUCCCCCCUUUCUCUUCCUCCUCUCUUCCUCCUCUCACCCUCCUUCCCCCCCUCCCCCUUCCCUUUUUCCCUCCUCUCUCCUCUCUCCCUCCUCUUUUUUUUCCCCUCUCCCCUUUUUCCCUUCUUCCCCUCUCUCCCUCCUCCCCCCUCAUCUUCUCCUCCCUCCUUUUUCCCCCCCCUUUUCCUUCCCCCCUCUCUCCUCCUCUCUCCCCCCCUUCCUUCCCCCUCCUUUUCCCCUUUCCCUCUCCCCCCUUCCUCUCUUCUCCCCCCUUUUCCCUCCCUCUCCCCCUCCCUCCCUCCUCCCCUCCCUCCUCUCCUCCCUCCCCUCUUCCUCCUCUUUUCCCCCCUUUCCUUCCCCUCCCCCUCUUCCUCUCUCUCCUUUUUCCCUGUUCCUCCUCUCUUCCCCCCUCUCUUCCUCCUCCCCUCUCCCUCCUUUUUUCCCCUAAAUCUUACUCUCUCCCUCCUCUCUCCCCCUCCCCACCCCCCCCCCCUCCUCUCUUCCUCCUCUUUCCCCCUUUUCCUCCUCCUCCCUUCUCCCUCCUCUUUUCCCUCCCUCUCCCUCCCCCUUUUCCUUUUUUUUUUUUUUUCCCCCCCCCCUUCCUCCCCCCCCUUUCCUCUCUUCCUCCUCCCCGCCCCUUUCCCCCUUCUUCCUCCUCCUCUUUUCCCCUCCCUCUCCCCCCCCCUUCUUCCUCUCUUCCUUCUUCUCUUCGUCCUCUCUUCCUCCUCUCUUCCUCUAACCUUCCUCCUCUCUUUCUCCUCUCUCCCUCCUCUCUCCCUCCUCUCUCUGUUUGUCUGCAGAGGUUUGUGGGAAACGUGAACGCUGACGGUGUCGUCCACCACAAGUUGUCCCACUCUAUUAGAAGCCGCUUCCUGCGCUUCGUCCCCCUGGACUGGAACCCCAGUGGCUGGGUGGGUCUCAGAGUGGAGGUCUUCGGCUGUGCCUACAGUGAGUGAUCAGACCACCAGUACUUACAUACAGACCAUAUAGGCUGUGCCUACAUUACAGUGACCACCAGCUCUUACAUACAGACCAAACACGUUCAGAUAAUAUCAUAAUGCCUACCGUGAGUGACCCCACCACCCAUUACAUCCAGACCACCCUACCUUUGUGUAUACCCUUUAAUGAAAGCAGGACGUUUGAGGACAACUGCAGACAUAGGGAUAGUGAGGAUUUUGAUAUUGCAACAAUGAUUAAAGAAAAAUGCCAGUAACAGCCAGGCAGGCGUGCCAGUUGAGAGCCAGGGUAAUGCUAAAUAAAUAAAUCUAAUCAAAUCAAAGUUUAUUGGUCGUGUACACAGAUUUUGCAGGUGUUACAGCAGGUGCAGCAAAAUGCUUCUGUUACUAGCUCCAACAAUAGAAUGUGUUGCAAAUAAAAUACAAAUAGCCAGUGAAUUACUAUUAUACCACUAAUAUAUAUUAUUAUUAGUGUAUUACUGCACAGUUAUAAUUAUCCCUGAGUGAGCACUUUCAUAAUGCGGAAUGGUUCCACAGCAUGAUCCCUGUAUUAAUGUUGGAUUAAUUUGUGAUCUGAUAAGACAUGAAGCUCAAAGUUAAACGAAUAAAAGGAGGGACAAUACACAUCUUACUUUUGAACUAUAAAACAGGUUGGUCACAGAUACACUACAAGAACAGAAGUAUGUGGACACCUGCUCGUCAAACAUCUCAUUCUAAAAUCAUGGGCAUUAAUAUGGAGUUGGUCCCCCCUUUGCUGAGCAGCCUCCUAGUCCGACUUAAGAGGCGUGCACACAACCCACCGCUUCCGAGUAUAUUACUCGCUAAUGUUCAGUCUCUGGAUAAUAAAGUUGACGAGCUCAGGGCAAGGGUUUCUUUCCAGAGAGACAUCAGGGAUUGUAACAUACUCUGUUUCACAGAAACAUGGCUCUAUCGGGAUAUACUGUCUGAGUCGGUCCAGCCAGUUGGGUUCUCAGUUCAUCGCGCAGACAGGAAUAAAUAUCUCUCUGGGAAGCAGAAGGGCGGAGGUGUAUGUUUUAUGAUUAACGACUCACGGUGUAAUUGUGAUAACAUACAGGAACUCAAGUCCUUUUGUUCACCCGACCUAGAAUACCUCAUAAUCAAAUGCCGACCGUAUUAUCUCCCAAGAUAAUUUUAUUUGCUUAUAGUCACAGCCGUGUAUAUACCCCCUCAAGCCGAUACCACGACGGCCCUCAAAGAACUUCACUGGACUUCAUGCAAACUGGAAACCACAUAUCCUGAGGCUGCAUUUAUUGUAGCUGGGGAUUUUAAGAAAGCAUAUUUGAGGAAAAGGUUUGCUGAAGUUCUAUUAACACAUCGACUGUAGUACUCGCGCUACUAAAACACUCGACCACUGCUACUCCAACUUCCGGGAUCCAUACAAGGUCCUCCCCCGCCCUCCUUUCGUCAAAUCUGACCACGACUCCAUUUUGCUCCUCCCUUCCUAUAGGCAGAAACUCAAACAGGAAGUACCCGUACUAAGGACUAUUCAACGCUGGUCUGACCAAUCAGAAUCCACGCUUCAAGAUAGUUUUGAUCCCGUGGACUGGGAUAUGUUCUGGGUAGCUUCAGAGAAUAAUAUUGACAUAUAUACUGAUACGGUGACUGAGUUUAUCAGGAAGUGUAUAGGAGAUGUUGUACCCACUGCGACUAUUAAAACCUACCCUAACCAGAAACCGUGGAUAGAUGGCAGCAUUCGCGCAAAACUGAAAGUGCGAACCACCGCAUUUAACCAUGGCAAGGUGACUGGGAAUAUGGCAGAAUACAAACAGUGUAGCUACUCACUCCGCAAGGCAAUCAAACAGGCAAAACGUCAGUAUAGGGACAAAGUGGAGUCACAAUUCAAUGGCUCAGACACGAGACGUAUGUGGCAGGGUCUAUAGACAAUCACACACAACAAAAGGAAAACCAGCCACGUCGCAGACACCGACGUCUUGCUUCCGGACAAGCUAAACACCUUCUUCGCCCGCUCUGAGGAUAAUAUAGUGACACAGACGUGGCCCGCUCCCAAGGACUGUGGGAUCUCCUUCUCAAAGGCCGACGUGAGUAAGACACAAUUGAGAGCAUCCUGUUGGGCUGUAUCACCGCCUGGUACGGCAACUGCACCGCCCGCAACCGCAGGGCUCUUCAGAGGGUGAUGCGGUCUGCCCAGCGCAUCACUGGGGGCAAACUACCAGCCCUCCAGGACACCUACAGCACCCGAUGUCACAGGAAGGCCAAAAAGAUAGUCAAGGACAACAACCACCCGAGCCACUGCCUGUUCACCCUGCUAUCAUCCAGAAGCUGAGGUCAGUAUAGGUGCCUCAAAGCUGGGACCGAGAGACUGAAAAACAACUUCUAUCUCAAGGCCAUCAGACUGUUAAAUAGCCUUCACUAGCACAUUAGAGGCUGCUGCCUAAAUACAUAGAUUAGAAAUCACUGGCCACUUUAAUAAAUGGAACACUAGUCACUUUAAUAAUGUUUACAUAUCUUGCAUUACUCAUCUCAUAUGUAUAUACUGUAUUCUAUACUAUUCUACUGUAUCUUAGUCUAUGCCGCUCUGACAUUGCUCGGCCAUAUAUUUAUUUAUUCUUAAUUCCAUUGCUUUACUUAGAUUUGUGUGAAUUGGGUAUAUGUUGUGAAAUUGUUAGAUAUUACUUGUUAGAUAUUACUGCACUGUCGGAGCUAGAAACACAAGCAUUUCGCUACACCCGCAAUAACAUCUGCUAAACACGUGUAUGUGACCAAUAAAAUGUGAUUUGAUUUGAUUUGAUAACAGCCUCCACUCUUCUGGGAAGGCUUUCCACUAGAUGAUGGAACAUUGUUGCGGGGACUUGCUUCCAUUCAGCCUCAAGAGCAUUAGGGUGAUUAGGCCUGGCUUGCAGUUGGCGUUCCAAUUCAUCCCAAAGGUGUUCAAUGGGGUUGAGGUCAGGGCUCUGUGCAGGCUAGUCAAGUUCUUCCACACCGAUCUCGACAAACCAUUUCUGUAUGGACUUCGCUUUGUGCAUGGGGGCAUUGUCAUGCUGAAACAGGAAAGGGUCUUCCCCAAACUGUGGUCCUCUGUAGCUCAAUUGGUAGAGCAUGGCGCUUGUAACGCCAGGGUAGUUGGUUCGAUCCCCGGGACCACCCAUACGUAAAAAUAUAUGCGCACAUGACUGUAAGUCGCUUUGGAUAAAAGCGUCUGCUAAAUGGCUUAUUUUUUUUUUGCCACAAAGUUGGAAGUACAGAAUAGUCUAGAAUGUCAUUGUAUGUUGUAGCAUUAAGAUUUCCCUUCACUGGAACUAAGGGGCCUAGCCCGAACCAUGAAAAACAUCCCCAGACCAUUAUUCCUCCUCCACCAAACUUUACAGUUGGCACUAUGGAUUUGGGCAGGUAGUGUUCUCCUGGCAUCCGCCAAAUCCAGAUUUGUCCAUCGCUGCCAGAAGGUGAAGCGUGAUUCAGAGUCCAAUGGUGGCAAGCUUUACACCACUCCAGCCAACGCAUGGCAUUGCGCAUGGUGAACUUAGGCUUCUGUGCGGCUGCUCGGCCAUGGAAACCCAAUUCAUGAAGCUCCCGAUGAACAGGUCUUGUGCUGACGUUGCAUCCAGAGGCAGUUUGGAACUCGGUAGUGAGUGUUGCAACCGAGGACAGACUAUUUUUAAACGCUUCAGCACUCGGCGGUCCCGUUCUGUGAGCUUGUGUGGCCUACCACUUCCCGGCUGAACGUUGUUGCUCCUAGACAUUUCCACUUCACAAUAACAGCACGUACAGUUGACCGGGGCAGCUCUAGCAGGGCAGACAUUUUACGAACUGACUUGUUGGAAAGGUGGCAUCCUAUGACGGUGCCAAGUUGAAAGUCACUGAGCUCUUCAGUAAAGCCAUUCUGCUGCCAAUGUUUGUCUAUAGAGAUUGCAUGGCUGUGUGCUCGAUUUUAUACACCUGUCAGCAACGGGUGUGGCUGAAAUAGCUGGAUCCACUAAUUUGAAGGGGUGUCUACAUGCUUUUGUAUAUGUAGUGUACCUUAAAACAAUGGAUAUGGGCAUGGAUCAGAAAACCAGUCAGUAUCUAGUGUGACCACCAUUUGCCUCAUGCAGCGCAACACAUCUCUUUCGCAUGGAGUUGAUCAGUCUGUUGAUUGUGGCCUGUGGAAUGUUGUCCCACUCCUUUUCAAUGGCUAUGCGAAGUUGAUGGAUAUUGGCUGGAACUGGAACACACUGUCGUACACGUCGAUCCAGAGCAUCCCAAACAUGCUUAAUGGGUGACAUGUCUCGUGAGUAUGCAGACCAUGGAAGAACUGGGACAUUUACAGCUUCCAGGAAUUGUGUACAGAUCCUUGCGACAUGGGGCCGUGCAUUAUCAUGCUGAAACAUGAGGUGAUGGUGGUGGAUGAAUGGCACGACACUUGGCCUCAGGAUCUCGAACACGGUAUCUCUGUGCAUUCAAAUUGCCAUCAAUAAAAUGCAAUUGUGUUCGUUGUCUGUAGCUUAUGCCUGCCCAUACCAUAACUGUACCGCCACCAUGGGGCACUCUGUUCACAACGUUGACAUCAGCAAACCGCUCGCCUGCACAACGCCAUACACGUGGUCUGCGGUUGUGAGGCCAGUUGGACGAACUGCCAAAUUCUCUAAAUCAACAUUGGAGGCAGCUUAUGGUAGAGAAAUUCACAUUCUGUUCUCUGGCAGUCAGAAUGCCAAUUGCACACUCCCUCAAUACUUGAGACAUCUGUGGAAUUGUGUUUUGUUUGACAAAACUGCACAUUUUAGAGUGGCCUUUUAUUGUCCCCAGCACAAGGUGCACCUGUGUAAUGAUCAUGCUGUUUAAUCAGUUUCUUGAUAUGUCACACCUGUGAAGUGGAUGGAUUAUCUUGGCAAAGUAGAAAUGCUCACUAACAGGGAUGUAAACAAUUAUGUGCACAAGAUUUGAGAGAAAUAAGCUUUUUGUGCAUAUGGAACAUUUCUGGGAUAUUUUAUUUCAGCUCAUGAAACAUGGAACCAACACUUUACAUGUUGCUUUUAUAUUUUAGUUCAGUGUACAUUUAAAUACUACCAUUGAUAGAGACACAUUAGCAUUUCCUUCACAGGUACACUAUAUACAGUUGAAGUCAGAAGUUUACAUACACCUUAGCCAAAACAAAUUUUAACUCAGUUUUUCAAAAUUCCUGACAUUUAAUCCUAGUAAAAAUUCCCUGUGUUAGGUCAGUUAGGAUCCCCACUUUAUUUUAAGAACGUGAAAUGUCAGAAUAAUAGUAGAGAGAGUGAUUUAUUUCAGCUUUUAUUUCUUUCAUCAUAUUCCCAGUGGGUCAGAAGUUUACUCAAUUAGUAUUUGGUAGCAUUGCCUUUAAAUUGUUUAACUUGGCUCAAACGUUUCGGCUAGCCUUCCACAAUAAGUUGGGUGAAUUUUGGCCCAUUCCUCCUGACAUAGUUGGUGUAACUGAGUCAGGUUUGUAGGCCUCCUUGCUCACACACGCUUUUUCAGUUCUGCCCAUACAUUUUCUAUAGGAUUGAGGUCAGGGCUUUGUGAUGGCCACUCCAACACCUUGACUUUGUUGUUCUAAAGCCAUUUUGCCACAACUUUGGAAGUAUGCUUGGGGUCAUUGUCCAUUUGGAAGACCCAUUUGCAACCAAGCUUUACAUUUACAUUUUAGUCAUUUAGCAAACACUCUUAUCCAGAGCGACUUACAUCAGCAAUAAGGGUUAAGUGCCUUGCUUAAGGGCACAUCGACAGAUUUUUCUCCUAGUCGGCUCGGGGAUUAGAACCAGCGACCUUUCGGUUACUGGCACAACGCUCUCACCCACUAAGCUACCUGCCACUUUAACUUCCUGACUGAUGUCUUGAGAUGUUGCUUCAAUAUAUCCACAUAAUUUUCCUUCCUCAUGAUGCCAUCUAUUUUGUGAAGUGCAACAGUCCCUCCUGCAGCAAAGCACCCCCACAGCAUGAUGCUGCCACCCCCGUGCUUCACGGUUGGGAUGGUGUUCUUCUGCUUGCAAGCUUCCCCCCUUUUUCCUCCAAACAUAACGAUGGUCAUUAUGGGCAAACAGUUCUUCUUUUGGUUCAUCAGACCUGAGGACAUUUCUCCAAAAAGUAAAAUCUUUGUCCCCAUGUGCAGUUGCAAACCUUAGUCUGGUUUUUUAAUGGCAGUUUUGGAGCAGUGGCUUCUUCCUUGCUGAGCGGCUUUUCAGGUUAUGUCAAUAUAGGACUCAUUUUACUGUGGAUAUAGAUACCUUUGUAUCCGUUUCCUCCAGCAUCUUCACAAGGUCCUUUGCUGUUGUUCUGGGAUUGAUUUGCACUUUUCGCACCAAAGUACGUUCAUCUCUAGGAGACAGAACGCGUCUCCUUCCUGAGCAGUAUGACGGCUGUGUGGUCCCAUGGUGUUUAUACUUGCGUACUAUUGUUUGUAAAGAUUAGCGUGGUACCUUCAGGCGUUUGGAAAUUGCUCUCAAGGAUGAACCAGACUUGUGGAAGUCUACAAAAAAAAAUUCUGAGGUCUUGGCUGAUUUCUUUUGAUUUUCCCAUGAUGUCAAGCAAAGAGGCACUGAGUUUGAAGGUAGGCCUUGAAAUACAUCCACAGGUACACCUCCAAUUGACUCACAUUAUGUUAAUUAGCCUAUCAGAAGCUUCUAAACCAUGACAUUUUUUUCCAAGCUGUUUAAAGGCACCGUCGACUUAGUGUAUUGUGACUUAGUGGAAUUGUGAUACAGUGAAUUAUAAGUGAAAUAAUCUGUCUGUAAACAAUUGUUGGAAAAAUGACUUGUGUCAUGCACAAAGUAGAUGUCCUAACCGACUUUCCAAAACUAUAGUUUGUUAACAAGAAAUUUGUGGAGUGGUUGAAAAACGAGUUUUAAUGACUCCAACCUAAGUGUAUGUAAACUUCCGACUUCAACUGUAUAUAAAAGUAUGUGGACAUUUCAGCCACACCCGUUGCUGACAGAUGUAUAAAACUGAGCACACAGCCAUGUAUUCUCCAUACACAAACAUUGGCAGUAGAAUGGCCUUACUGAAGAGCUCAGUGACUUUCAACAUGGCACCAUCAUAGGAUGCCACCUUUCCCGGUCAACUGUAAGUACUGUUAUUGUGAAGUGGAAACGGUUAGGAGCAACAACGACUCAGUCGCGAAGUGAUAGGCCACACUAGCUCACAGAACGGGACCGCCGAGUGCUGAAGCACGUAGUGCGUAAAAAUAGUCUGUCCUCGGUUGCAACACUCACUACCGAGUUCCAAACUGCCUCUGGAAGCAAAGUCAGCACAAGAACUGUUCAUCGGGAGCUUCAUGAAAUGGGUUUCCAUGGCCGAGCAGCCACACACAAGCCUAAGACCAAAGCAAAGCGUCGGCUGGAGUGUUGUAAAGCUCGCCGCCAUUGGACUCUGGAGCAGUGGAAAUGUGUUCUCUGCAGUGAUGAAUCACGCUUCACCAUCUGGCAGUCCAACGGACGAAUCUGGAUUUGGCGGAUGCCAGGAGAACGCUAUCUGCCCCAAUGUAUAGUGCCAACUGUAAAGUUUGGUGGAGGAGGAAUAAUGGUCUGGGGCUGUUUUUCAUUGUUCGGACUAGGCCCCUUAGUUCCAGUGAAGUGAAAUAUUAAUGCUACAGCAUACAAUGACAUUCUAGACGAUUAUGUGCUUCUAACUUUGUGGCAACAGUUUGGGGAAGGCCCUUUCCUGUUUCAGCAUGACAAUGCCCCCAUGCACAAAGCGAGAUCCAUACAGAAAUGGUUUGUCGAGAUCAGUAUGGAAGAACUUGACUGGCCUGCACAGAGCCCUGACCUCAACCCCAUCGAACACCUUUGGGAUAAAUUGGAACGCCAACUGCAAGCCAGGCCUAAUCGCCCAACAUCAGUUCCUGACCUCACUAAUGCUCUUGAGGCUGAAUGGAAGCAAGUCCCCGCAGCAAUGAUCCAACAUCUAGUGGAAACCCUCCCCAGAAGAGUGGAGGCUGUUAUAGCAGUAAAGGGGGGACCAACUCCAUAUUAAUGCCCAUGAUUUUGGAAUGAGAUGUUCGAAGAGCAGGUGUCCAUAUACCUUUGGUCAUGUAGUGAAUGAAGCCCUGAGAGCUAUAUUAUAGGCUCUUAGUGACAGGGAGCAAGUAACCCAAUGCCAAACCAUUUAACUAUCUGUUGUUUGCCUUCAGAGUCAGACGUGGCAGACUUUGAUGGCAGAAGCUCCCUGCUCUACCGGUUUAACCAGAAGUCCAUGAGCACGGUGAAGGAUGUGAUCUCGCUGAGCUUCAAGAGCCACCAGGCUGAGGGGGUGCUGCUCCACGGAGAGGGUCAGAGGGGCGACUACAUCACUCUGGAGCUGCACCGGGGCAGGUUGGCCCUCUACCUCAACCUGGGUGAGUUAGUCACACCGGGGCAGGUUGGCCCUCUACCUCAACCUGGGUGAGUUAGUCACACCGGGGCAGGCUGGUCCUCUAUUUCAACCUGGGUGAGUUAGUCACACCGGGGCAGGUUGGCCCUCUACAUCAACCUGGGUGAGUUAGUCACACCGGGGCAGGCUGGCCCUCUACAUCAACCUGGGUAAGUCACUGGCCCUGUACCUCAACUUGGCUCAAAUAGGUCAGGGGUUAGAGGUUAGAGGUCAUGGCUAAGAGGACACAAGGGGCUCGGGCUAUAGAUAGAAGAGUCUUUUGAACCAUUUAAAAGCAGACUGAGGAGCAGUCUGGGAGGGUAACUGGAUGUUUGUGUUCUGAUACUCUUCCAGUUACCACUGCUCCUGAGCUCCAUUUACAAGAUAGACUCAGACUGUUAAGCAUCCAUAUUGUGAGCAGCUGAGCUGGGAAAGAGUAUUCUUAAAUGGCUGUCUUGUCUGCACUUCCUAUGAGAGCACCUCUUCUUUCAAUACAGUCCCUAUGGCAACUGUAUAAUGUUCAAUAUUAACAACCAUGAGAUCCACAUCGUGAACAGCUGAGUCUGGGGAACACUGUUCUAGUAGUCCGUUUUGGGAAUGUCUGAUGAGCACAUUCUUUCAGACCUCCUCUUUCCUCAAUAUACUGUACUGUUUUAUGAUCUAUAUCAAAGUAACCAUAUUAUCUGUUCUCUGUCUGUUCUCUGUCUUCAGAUGACACCAGGCUGUGGUUCAGCAGUGGUCGUGUUGCGGUCACUCUCAGCAGUCUUCUGGACGAUCAGCACUGGCACUCUGUCCUCAUCGAGCGCUUCAACAAGCAGGUCAACCUCACCGUGGACACCCACACACAGCACUUCAGGACCAAGGGGGAAGGAGACUCUCUGGAGGUGGACUAUGAGGUGUGUCUAUCCAAACAUCCAGAAUAUUCCUUUACAGUAGGUCACACACUAUAGAAUAGUCAGACACUUCAGACCAAGUAAAUAGUUCAACCAAGUUAUCUUACUAAAUGUGGCAAUUUUGAAGUCAUCUUAGUUACUGUAUACGUUUCUAAUAAUGAUGUCAACAUUUCACCCUUUUUCCUCAUCAUAGCUCAGCUUCGGGGGCAUCCCACUGCCAGGUAAGCCUGGUACCUUCCUGAGGAAGAACUUCCAUGGCUGCAUGGAGAACCUCUACUACAAUGGGAUCAACAUCAUCGACCUAGCCAAGCGACGCAAGCCUCAGAUCUACAGCGUGGUAAGACAACCAUUCUCAUCCAACCGUACCAUAGAUUAUUAGUACAUCCUUAAAAUAGUAUGGGAACAAAGUAGUUAAUCAACCAAGGCCUCUGUGAACUCACAGACUGUUUUAAUUGCACUGUUGCAGUGAGAUUUCACGUUUGCCUACAAUGUGAUUCGACUACGUUUAAUCACAUUUGUAUUUGAGUUAGUCACAUAGCUUUCUCCAUGGUUCCUUAAACUGUAAGAGAUCCAGGGCAGAGACACUGUCCGUAGAGGAAAACAUUGAGUGAGAAAACCAAUCUAUACUCUCUGUACCCUUUAGUUCUAUCUGCCCCUCACUAUUAUGGCAUUCAUUCUAAACCCAUGAAUAGACCCCCCCCCCCCCCCCCCCCCCCCCCCCCAUCAAAUCAGACAGAAGCCAAAGUGCCACAUAAUUGCAUCACAGACACCUUUUUUUUCCCUUGAAAUUCUGAUUGCUAUGUUAAAAGGCCUUUACUUACAAGUCCCAAUUUUGCCCCAAUUUUGCUCACUGACUGCCAUGAUGGAAUCCGUAAUGGAAUUUCAAUGUGGAAUACUACCUGAGGUGGUAGUCUGGUGGUGAUGGAUCACAUUGAGAGUCAAGUGCUGCCGAUUGCCCUUCCCUGCCUCUGAGACUCUGGGAUUGAUGGGCCGCUGACCUUAAUUGACAUGGCUGCUCUUUUGCUCCAUGUACCUCACAAGGCCUCUGGACCACAUGGAAUUAGUGUGUUCUUUCUUUGCCCACCUGACGGCCGACCUAGAUUGGAGGGGAGAAACUCAGAAAUGUCAUAGUUUGAUAUUAUAUUACAUUUCUGCAUUUGUUGUCCUCUUGUAAUGCACCUUUUGAAUUUCAGAUAGUCAUUCACCUUUAUAUGGCAUUCUCAAGGAAUCAUUUGGUUCUUGCAGGCAAUUUAGUUAUCUGAGUACCAUAUUCAGUAAAUACCUUCCUUUAUCAGCCCACUGUUUGUCAUUCUGCUCAGAUGAAUGGUACCGUAAAAGUACAGUAAACCCACAUGAGAUUCAUUAUGAAUUCAUCAUGUUGAUGAAGGUGUGAGUAAAUAAUUCCAUUAUCUGUGUGUUCCAUGUGUGUCUCCAGGGCAACGUGACCUUUUCGUGCUCUGAGCCCCAGCUGGUGUCCACUACCUUCCUGAGCUCCAGCAGCAGCUUCCUGUCGCUCCCGGCCAUGCCGUCUGCUUCGGGGGGCUUCACGGUGCGUUUCCAGUUCAGAACGUGGAACCCAGACGGGCUACUGCUCUCCACCCGGCUGCCCCUGGAGCCCCAGAGACUGGAGCUGCACAUCAGCAACAGUCGGCUGCGCCUGACCCACCACAUGUCAGCCCAGCAGAAAGAAGAGGUCUCCACCGGUGAGGGCCAACAGCCUCUAGUCUAGCUGACCCAGGAAUCAGUGGUUCUGUUUAUGGGGACUCAGAGUAUAAAAGGCUCUUUAUUCCAGUGAAGCAGGCAGACAGUGAGAAACUCAUUCAUCAUCCAGGCGGAGACCGUCUGUGUUUGGUUUUGCACAUCAUUUCAUCUACAUCAUUUAUAUUACCUUUUGCCCCCUAUAAAGUCAGAGGACACUUCAUCUUCUUUGAAUGGCUUGAGAUAAAAUGCCAUCCUUUAUAUCUUGUGUUUUGGAUGCCAGUUCUACAGGAUUGCAGUCAGACAGAAAUAACCUGUAGAAUUACGUUGGAUUGCAGAGCCCAGACUUUCAGCAGAUGGCAGGCAGAGAGGGAAUUAGAGACCCACAGAAAGACCGCCACAGCUUGGAAAGACCUUCCCUAUAAAGGACAAUCAAAAUUCACAUCCCACAUUCUGCUGUUACGUCUAUUUGAAGCUGGAACUGACGGCCAAAUCAAUGUUUCAUCCAACAAUAACCACCAGUACAGUCACAGCAUUACAUUCUGUCCUCUGGCAAUGAUUUAGCUUCAAUCUGACCAACCACAUAGUCAUUCAUUUUCAUUUACAUGUCCUCUUCCCGUCAUAGUACAGUGUCGUAUGUCGUAACACGUGACCAUAGAUUACACAGCGAAUGACGGGCUCUGAUUUGCAAUAUGUAGGCCUAGUACGAACAAUGUAAUCUAAAAUAUUACCCAUGUUGGAGAUCCCAAUCCCAACAGUCCCUGAAAGAACCUGCAAGUGAUGUUUGAUAAGCCUGUAAUAGAGAUUGGUAGUGUCUCAUUGAAAUGUAACGUGCACAGAAACGACACCUCGCUGUGUCCACAGGUCACAGAGUGAAUGAUGGACUGUGGCACUCUGCGAGUCUCAGCUCCCGAGGUCUCCAGGUCACCAUGACUCUGGACAACGAGCCGUCCUCAGCCAUUGAGCUGGGGGACCACAUGGAGGCAGGAGACAGCCUCUACUUCGGAGGUAAGGCCACACAAUGAGUCUUCUUGUCUGCAUCACAGUCUCAUGAGACCAGGUCUUGGUGGUCAGGUCUUGGUGCAGCAUCUGAAUAAAUUAUCUGAAGAUGUAUACAGGAAAUGCUGGAUGAUGAAAAUACCAUGAUUUAGUUUUUCAAUCUGUGUCACAGGUUGUCCCUCUCUGAACGUCUCAGGCUGUGAGAACCCCAAGUUGGCGUUCCAGGGGUGCAUGCGUCUCUUCUCCAUCAACAGCCAGCCCAUGGACCUGAACCUGGUGCACCAAGGACGGCUAGGAGACUACAAGGAGCUGCAGUUUGACACAUGUGGCAUCCAUGACAGGUAAGACUUUAGGGUUUUUGCUUCUGCAGACUGUAUACCAAGUAAGGUGGCGCUCCAAUCCCCAAAUGUUGGUGUGUUUGGAUGACAAACUAAGACAGAAGCUGCUUCCUGUGUGGCGCGUUGCAUCUUCUCUGUCCCUUAUUGCCCCACCGUGUUGUGGGAACGAUGGGUGGGAUUAGUACACACUGAAUGGAUGUCAUGGCAAAGUUGAGGAAACCUGCAACACUUACAGGGAGAAGACAAACAAAGGAGUUGGUGCUUCUCCUUGUACUCACCCUGAGGGGAAUCCUACCUCUGAUGUCAGGUCGCAGCUAUACCUGAUUGUUCUGUUUGCUAUGCUAACCCGCAGACUGAGAAUGCUGUUGGAGUGUGUGGAACAAUUACAGAUUAAAUGUUAGUUGAUGUUAGUUAAAGCGAAUGGAAUGUGUAAAAAGUGGGAAUGAGAAGCUUGGUGACAACAAAACAGCUGUCUCUGUGUAUUGGCUACCUCUCAUGGAGCCUUCCACAAAGAGUAUGCUGAGAGUAUGCACAAAGAGUAUGCUGAGAGUAUGCACAAAGAGUAUGCUGAGAGUAUGCACAAAGAGUAUGCUGAGAGUAUGCACAAAGAGUAUGCUGAGCGUAUGCACAAAGAGUAUGCUGAGAGUAUGCACAAAUAGUAUGCUGAGAGUAUGCACAAAGAGUAUGCUCAGAGUAUGCACAAAGAGUAUGCUGAGAGUAUGCACAAAGAGUAUGCUGAGAGUAUGCACAAAGAGUAUACUGAGAGUAUGCACAAAGAGUAUGCUGAGAGUAUGCACAAAGAGUAUGCUGAGAGAAUGUGUUGUGUAUUUCACUACCACGCAAUAUUACCCUUUGUUUUAGGGAGGUUAGUGCGACCAGACCGUUGGAAAUAUUUAAUCGUAACAACCAGAACUAUGCUUCAUUAAAGGAUUGGAAGAUUAACCUUUACGAGUGCUAAUCUCCUUUUCACUGUGUCCAAUCAAACUUCAUGACUACAGUUUUUGCAAGUGUGCACUUCUGUAAAUUCAUGACCCGUGAGGGCAGCCGCGAACACAACAAUUGAAAUAGCUCUACAGUAAUAAAACCAUGGCCUGCAACCUUACCCACGCCAUGGUCACUCCGCUCCAUGGCAAUUAAUGGGAGAGAGACUAAAGUGUAUGAAAUUGUAGAUGCGUGCUUGAAAGCCGGGCGAUUACGCAAAACUGAAGGAGGCUUGAGGAAGAGACUAUUAAUCAGGAAAGCAUGGUUAUGAGAGGAAUAUCCGUGAAGCGCUGGGUGUUCAAAUCCCAUAAACACAUGUUCUGGGUUUGAUUUGAUUAUGCUGCCGUUUCUUUUUUUCAAACACAAUAGCACAGGACUGUGUUUGUUUACCAGUUGCCCCAACAAUCUGAGUUGGAAGGGUACCAAUUCAUUUGGGAUUUACCGAGCGGUCUUGUAAAUCAUAACAAAACAAUGGAAAAAGAAAAAUGAAUAAACUGUGUCGUCUCACCUCUUGAGUACUCGGGUGUCGGAACGUUCCUUGAUAAUGACAAGGAAAUGAAAAAUGUAUUGGGAGGGAGUGUCCUUACCAGAUCAUGAAAGAUAGUAGGCCUCAACACAAAGACAAACCAUGUUUUUGCUCUUCAUUACAAAAAGGAUUGGUAGAUCUUACAUGUUUGGGCUUUGAUUGAAUUUCUUUCGUUGCCAACACUUUAUCCUUCUCAGACUUUUCAUUGUGUGAUUGUUUGUGUUUAUUACUGGGGAAAAAAGUUUAUAAUCUUUCAAACAAAUAACUAGUAUAUGUUACAUCAAUUACAAACAUAAAUUUGUAUAAUAUACAUAUUACAUCAAUCUCUGAGAUUGUAAAAACAGAUUUGCAGGUGUUUUUCUACCUUAUCAAAUCUUUUGAAAUUAUUAUUUUUUAUUUUAUUUUGAAUAACCUGGCAUUUGCUCAUGCAUAGUAUAGAUAUGUAUAUACAGUACCAGUCAAAAGUUUGUACACACCUACUCAUCCAAAAAAGAGUUAAACAAAUGAGAUUCUUCAAAGACACGGCGGUUGGAACCAAAAAUCUCCAAUUUGGACUCCAGACCAAAUGACACAUUUCCACCGGUCUAAUGUCCAUUGCUCUUGUUUCUUGGCCCAAGCAGGUCUGUUCUUCUUCUUGGUGUCCUUUAGUAGUGGUUUCUUUGCAGCAAUUCGACCAUGAAGGCCUGAUUCACACAGUCCCCUCUGAACAGUUGAUGUUGUUUGUGAUUUGAACUCUGUGAAGCAUUUAUUUGGGCUGCAAUUUCUGAGGCUGGUAACUCUAAUGAACUUAUCAUCUGCAGCAGAGGUAACUCUGUGUCUUCCAUUCCUGUUGCGGUCCUCAUGAGAUCCAGUUUCAUCAUAGCGCUUGAUGGUUUUUGUGACUGCACUUGAAGAAUCUUUCAAAGUUCUUGAAAUGUUCCAUUUUUACUGACCUUCAUGUCUUAAAGUAAUGAUGGGCUGUUGUUUCUCUUUGCUUAUUUGAGCUGUUCUUGCCAUAAUAUGGACUUGGUCUUUUACCAAAUAGGGCUAUCUUCCAUUUUUACUGACCUUCAUGUCUUAAAGUAAUGAUGGGCUGUUGUUUCUCCUUGCAAAUUAACUUUUAAGAAGGCACACCUGUCAAUUGAAAUGCAUUCCAGGUGAUUACAUCAUGAAGCUGGUUGAGAGAAUGCCAAGAGUGUGCAAAGCUGUCAUCAAGGCAAAGGGUGGCUAUUUGAAGAAUUUGUUUAACACUUUUUGGGGUUACUACUUGAUUCCAUAUGUGUUAUUUCAUAGUUUUGAUGUCUUCACUAUUAUUCUACAAUGUACAAAAAUCGUAAAAAUAAAGAAAAACCCUUGAAUGAGUAGGUGUGUCCAAACUUUUGACUGGUAGUGUACAUGGUAACAUAAUGUAUAUUUUUGCUGUUGCCUGUCUCCAGAUGUCUGCCAAACCUCUGUGAACAUGGAGGGCAGUGUUCCCAGUCCUGGAGCAGCUUCUACUGCGACUGCUCUGGGACAGGAUACACCGGAGCCACCUGCCACAACUGUGAGUCACCGCCUGCUCUUCUUACCUACACUAUAUACAAUACCUUACAGUAACACACACCACCCCUUUCUCAAACUUGUUCUUGACGAUACUGCACAAUACACACCAUGCACAGGAUAUGCACAAUAUUUAAAUGCAUCUCACAAUCACAUAGAGCUGUUAUCCAUGUGCUGCCCUCGUUAUAAAGCGUCAUUCAAAGGGGUGGGUAACAACAUGAGAUGGUUGAAAGCCAGAGUGAACCUGUAGUGAUCAGUCCCCUGGUAUUCUGCCUGGCUUAACUACCUGGGUCUCAGGUAAACCCUGUUAGUUGUACAUCGAGAUCCUCAGUCUGACACAUGGACGUUUCUCCUCCCAUCUGUCGUCUCCAGACAUGUACAAACUCCCUUUUUGAUAUUCACCACCGAGCGCUCCCAGAACCCUCUGCCCCUGAAUACUGAUUUCAUGUUUAUUCGCCAGCGGAUGCAGUGUACCUUGAUAUGAAUGUGCACCACAUGAUUGAAAAUGUCCCCACUUACUUCAAACAUACUCUUUAUAUGCAUAAUGGUGUCUGGCUUGCUACCUUUUCUUAGUUAUGCAUAUGUGUGCAAUAUGACAUAUGCAAUAUGGGAAGGCUACAACAUUAGUAUGACCAGGUCUAAUUGUGUUGCUAUGUACUAUGGAUCCCCAUUAGUUCCUACCAAGGCAGCAGCUACUCUUCCUGGGGUUUAUUAUGGAUCCCCAUUAGUUCCUGCCAAGGCAGUAGGUACUCUUCCUGGGGUUUAUUAUGGAUCCCCAUUAGUUCCUGGGGGGACUCCUGGGUUUAUUAUGGAUCCCCAUUAGUUCCUGCCAAGGCAGUAGGUACUCUUCCUGGGGUUUAUUAUGGAUCCCCAUUAGUUCCUGCCAAGGCAGCAGGUACUCUUCCUGGGGUUUAUUAUGGAUCCCCACUAGUUCCUGCCAAGGCAGCAGCUACUCUUCCUGGGGUUUAUUAUGGAUCCCCAUUAGUUCCUGCCAAGGCAGCAGGUACUCUUCCUGGGGUUUAUUAUGGAUCCCCAUUAGUUCCUGCCGAGGCAGCAGGUACUCUUCCUGGGGUUUAUUAUGGAUCCCCAUUAGUUCCUGCCAAGGCAGCAGGUACUCUUCCUGGGGUUUAUUAUGGAUCCCCAUUAGUUCCUGUCAAGGCAGCAGGUACUCUUCCAGGGGUCCAGCAAAAUCAACACAGUUAUACAAUUUUAAAAACAUUACAAUACAUUUCACAACAGAAGAAACCUCUGGUGGCAUGUCUUGUGGGGUAUGCAUGGGUGUCCAACAGCUAGGUGCAUUCAACAUGUCAAUACCUCUCACAAAUACAAAUAGUGGUGAAGUCAAUCUCUCCUCUACUUUGAGCCAGGAGAGAUUGACGUGCAUAUUUUAAUGUUAGCUCUCCUUGUACAUUUAAGGGCCAGCCGUGCUGCCCUGUUCUGGGCCAAUUGUAAUUUUCCUAACUCCCUCAUUGUUGCACCUGACCACAUGACUGGACAGUAGUCCAGGUGCGACAAAACUAGGGUCUGUAGGACCUGCCCUGUUGAUAGCAUUGUUAAGAAGACAGAGCAGCGCUUUAUUAUGAAUAGAUCUUAGCUCCCCAUCUUAGCUACUGUUGUAUCAACAUGUUUUGACCAUAACAGUUUACCAUCCAGGGUUACUCCAAGCAGUUUAGUCUCCUCAGCUUGAUCAAUUUCCAAAUUAUUCAUAACAAUAUUUAGUAGAGUUUUUUUUUUUUUUUUCCUUUAUUUAACCAGGUAAGCCAGUUGAGAACAAGUUCUCAUUUACAACUGCGACCUGGCCAAGAUAAAGCAAAGCAGUGCGAUAAAAACAACAACACAGAGUUACACAUGGGAUAAAACAAAACAUACAGUCAAUAACACAAUAGAAAAUCUAUAUACAGUGUGUGAAAAUGUAGUAAGUUAUUGAGGUAAGGCCGUAGUGCAAAAAUAAUUAAUAGGCCGUAGUGCAAAAUAAUUACAAUUUAGAGUAUUAACACUGGAAUGAUAGAUGUGCAGAAGAUGAUGUGCAAAUAGAGAUACUGGGGUGCAAAUGAGCAAAAUAAAUACAGUGGGGAAAAAAAGUAUUUAGUCAGCCACCAAUUGUGCAAGUUCUCCCACUUAAAAAGAUGAGAGAGGCCUGUAAUUUUCAUCAUAGGUACACGUCAACUUUGACAGACAAAUUGAGAAAAAAAAAUCCAGAAUAUCACAUUGUUGGAUUUGUUAUGAAUUUAUUUGCAAAUUAUGGUGGAAAAUAAGUAUUUGGUCACCUACAAACAAGCAAGAUUUCUGGCUCUCACAGACCUGUAACUUCUUUUUUAAGAGGCUCCUCUGUCCUCCACUCGUUACCUGUAUUAAUGGCACCUGUUUGAACUUGUUAUCAGUAUAAAAGACACCUGUCCACAACCUCAAACAGUCACACUCCAAACUCCACUAUGGCCAAGACCAAAGAGCUGUCAAAGGACACCAGCAACAAAAUUGUAGACCUGCACCAGGCUGGGAAGACUGAAUCUGCAAUAGGUAAGCAGCUUGGUUUGAAGAAAUCAACUGUGGGAGCAAUUAUUAGGAAAUGGAAGACAUACAAGACCACUGAUAAUCUCCCUCGAUCUGGGGCUCCACGCAAGAUCUCACCCCGUGGGGUCAAAAUGAUCACAAGAACGGUGAGCAAAAAUCCCAGAACCACACGGGGGGACCUAGUGAAUGACCUGCAGAGAGCUGGGACCAAAGUAACAAAGCCUACCAUCAGUAACACACUACGCCGCCAGGGACUCAAAUCCUGCAGUGCCAGACGUGUCCCCCUGCUUAAGCCAGUACAUGUCCAGGCCCGUCUGAAGUUUGCUAGAGUGCAUUUGGAUGAUCCAUAAGAGGAUUGGGAGAAUGUCAUAUGGUCAGAUGAAACCAAAAUAGAACUUUUUGGUAAAAACUCAACUCGUCGUGUUUGGAGGACAAAGAAUGCUGAGUUGCAUCCAAAGAACACCAUACCUACUGUGAAGCAUGGGGGUGGAAACAUCAUGCUUUGGGGCUGUUUUUCUGCAAAGGGACCAGGACGACUGAUCCGUGUAAAGGAAAGAAUGAAUGGGGCCAUGUAUCGUGAGAUUUUGAGUGAAAACCUCCUUCCAUCAGCAAGGGCAUUGAAGAUGAAACGUGGCUGGGUCUUUCAGCAUGACAAUGAUCCCAAACACACCACCCGGGCAACGAAGGAGUGGCUUCGUAAGAAGCAUUUCAAGGUCCUGGAGUGGCCUAGCCAGUCUCCAGAUCUCAACCCCAUAGAAAAUCUUUGGAGGGAGUUGAAAGUCCGUGUUGCCCAGCGACAGCCCCAAAACAUCACUGCUCUAGAGGAGAUCUGCAUGGAGGAAUGGGCCAAAAUACCAGCAACAGUGUGUGAAAACCUUGUGAAGACUUACAGAAAACGUUUGACCUGUGUCAUUGCCAACAAAGGGUAUAUAACAAAGUAUUGAGAAACUUUUGUUAUUGACCAAAUACUUAUUUUCCACCAUAAUUUGCAAAUAAAAUCAUUAAAAAUCCUACAAUGUGAUUUUCUGGAUUUUUUUUCCUCAUUUUGUCUGUCAUAGUUGACGUGUACCUAUGAUGAAAAUGACAGGCCUCUCUCAUCUUUUUAAGUGGGAGAACUUGCACAAUUGGUGGCUGACUAAAUACUUUUUUUCCCCACUGUAACAAUGUGGGGAUGAGGUAGUUGGGUGGGCUAAUUACAGAUGGGCUGUGUACAGGUGAAUGAUUUGUCCCAAAUACAAUGCUUUUAGUUUUUGAAAUAUUUAGCACUAACUUAUUUCUUACCACCCAUUCUGAAACUGACUGCAGCUCUUUAAGUGUUGCAGUAAUUUCACUUGCUGUAGUAGCUGACGUGUAUAGUGUUGAGUCAUCAGCAUACAUAGACACAAAGACUUUACUCAGAGCCAGUGGCAGGUCAUUAGUAAAGAUUGAAAAAAGUAAGGGGCCUAGACAGCUGCCCUGGGGAAUGUAUGCACUCACUAACUGUAAAUCGCUCUGGAUAAGAGCGUCUGCUAAAUGACUAAAAAUGUAAAUGUAAAAUGAAUGUAAAGCCAUAAAACAUACGUUUUUCCAGCAGCAGAUUAUGAUUGAUAAUGUCAAAAGCUGCACUGAAGUCUAACAAAACAGCUCCCACAAUAUCUUUAUUAUCAAUUUCUCUCAGCCAAUCAUCAGUCAUUUGUGUAAGCGGCAUACAUGUUGAAUGCCCUUUCCUAUAAGUGUGCAUAAAAUCUCUUGUUAAUUUGUUUACUGUGAAAUAGCAUUGUAUCUGAUAAAAACACCUUUUUUCACAAAAGUUUACUAAGGGUUGGUAACAGGCUGACUGUUUGGCUGUUUGAGCCAGUAAAGGGUGCUUUGUUGUUCUUGGGUAGCGGAAUGACUUUUGCUUACCUCCAGGCCUAAGGGCACACUCUUUCCUGUAGGCUUAGUUUGAAGAGAUGGCAAAUAGGAGUGGCAAUAUCGUCCGCUAUUUUCCUCCAGAUUGUCAGACCCCGGUGGCUUGUUAUUGUUGAUAGACAAGAAUACUUAUUUUCACCUCUUCCACACUCACUUUAAGGAAUUCAAAAUUACUAUGCUUGUCUUUCACAAGUUGGUCAGUUAUACUUGGAUGUGUAGGUUCAUAUAAAGCAUGUAUAAAGCAUGUACACUACCGUUCAAGAGUUUGGGGUCACUUAGAAAUGUCCUUGUUUUCGAAAGAAAAGCACAUUUUUUGUCCAUUUAAAAUAACAUUGUAAAUGUUGUAAAUGGCUAUUGUAGCUGGAAACGGCUGAUUUUUUAUGGAAUAUCUACAUACAGUGAGGGAAAAAAGUAUUUGAUCCCCUGCUGAUUUUGUACGUUUGCCCACUGACAAAGACAUGAUCAGUCUAUAAUUUUAAUGGUAGGGUUAUUUCAACAGUGAGAGACAGAAUAACAAUAACAAAAAUCCUGAAAACACAUGUCAAAAAUGUUAUAAAUUGAUUUGCAUUUUAAUGAGGGAAAUAAGUAUUUGACCCCCUCUCAAUCAGAAAGAUUUCUGGUUCCCAGGUGUCUUUUAUACAGGUAACGAGCUGAGAUUAGGAGCACACUCUUCACCUUGUGGAGUUGCAAUGAUCAUGAGAACGGUGAGGAAUCAGCCCAGAACUACACGGGAGGAUCUUGUCAAUUAUCUCAAGGCAGCUGGGACCAUAGUCACCAAGAAAACAAUUGGUAACACACUACGCCGUGAAGGACUGAAAUCCUGGAGCGCCCGCAAGGUCCCCCUGCUCAAGAAAGCACAUAUACAGGCCCGUCGGAAGUUUGCCAGUAAACAUCUGAAUGAUUCAGAGGAGAACUUGGUGAAAGUGUUGUGGUCAGAUGAGACCAAAACCGAGCUCUUUGGCAUCAACUCAACUCGCCGUGUUUGGAGGAGGAGGAAUGCUGCCUAUGACCCCAAGAACACCAUCCCCACCGUCAAACAUGGAGGUGGAAACAUCAUGCUUUGGGGGUGUUUUUCUGCUAAGGGGACAGGACAACUUCACCGCAUCAAAGGGACGAUGGACGGGGCCAUGUACCGUCAAAUCUUGGGUGAGAACCUCCUUCCCUCAGCCAGGGCAUUGAAAAUGGUUUCGUGGAUGGGUAUUCCAGCAUGACAAUGACCCAAAACACACAGCCAAGGCAUCAAAGGAGUGGCUCAAGAAGAAGCACAUUAAGGUCCUGGAGUGGCCUAGCCAGUCUCCAGACCUAAUCCCAUAGGAAAUCUGUGGAGGGAGCUGAAGGUUCGAGUUGCCAAACAUCAGCCUCGAAACCUUAAUGACUUGCAGAAGAUCUGCAAAGAGGAGUGGAACAAAAUCCCUCCUGAGAUGUGUGCAAAUCUGGUGGCCAACUACAAGAAACGUCUGACCUCUGUGAUUGCCAACAAGGGUUUUGCCACCAAGUACUAAGUCAUGUUUUGCAGAGGGGUCAAAUACUUAUUUCCCUCAUUAAAAUGCAAAUCAAUUUAUAACAUUUUUGACAUGUGUUUUCAGGAUUUUUGUUAUUGUUAUUCUGUCUCUCACUGUUGAAAUAACCCUACCAUUAAAAUUAUAGACUGAUCAUGUCUUUGUCAGUGGGCAAACGUACAAAAUCAGCAGGGGAUCAAAUACUUUUUUCCCUCACUGUAGGUGUACAGAGGCCCAUUAUCAGCAACCAUCAGUCCUGUGUUCCAAUAGCACGUUGUGUUUGCUAAUCCAAGUUUAUCAUUUCAAAAGGUUAAUUGAUCAAUAGAAAAUCUUUUUGCAAUUAUGUUAGCACAGCUGAAAACUGUUGUGCUGAUUAAAGAAGCAUAAAAACUGGCCUUCUUGAGACUAGUUGAGUAUCUGGUGCAUCAGCAAUUGUGGGCUCGAUUACAGGCUCAAAAUGGCCAGAAACAAAUAACUUUCUUCUGAAACUCGUCAGUCUAUUCUUGUUCUGAGAAAUGAAGGCUAUUCCAUGCGAGAAAUUGCCAAGAAACUGAAGUUCUCGUACAACGCUGUGUACUACUCCCUUCACAGAACAGAGCAAACUGGCUCUAACCAGAAUAGAAAGAGGAGUGGGAGGCCCCGGUGCACAACUGAGCAAGAGGACAAAUACAUUAGAGUGUCUAGUUUGAGAAACAGACGCCUCACAGGUCCUCCUCAACUGGCAGCUUCAUUAAAUAGUACCCGCAAAACACCAGUCUCAACGUCAACAGUGAAGAGGUGACUCCGGGAUGCUGACCUUCUAGGCAGAGUUGCAAAGAAAAAGCCAUAUGUCAGACUGGCCAAUAAAAAGAAAAGAUUAAGAAUGGCAAAAGAACACAGACACUGGACAGAAGAAGAUUGGAAAAAAGUGUUAUGGACAGACAAAUCAAAGUUUGAGGUGUUCAGAUCACAAAGAAGAACAUUUGUGAGACUCAGACCAAAUGAAAAGAUGCUGGAGGAGUGCUUGAUGCCAUCUGUCAUGCAUGGUGGAGGCAAUGUGAUGGUCUGGGGGUGCUUUGGUGGUGGUAAAGUGGGAGAUUUGUACAGGGUAAAAGGGAUCUUGAAGAAGGAAGGCUAUCACUCCAUUUUGCAAAGCCAUGCCAUACCCUGUGGACGGCGCUUGAUUCGAGCCAAUUUCCUCCUACAACAGGACAAUGACCCAAAGCACAGCUCCAAACUAUGCAGUAACUAUUUAGGGAAGAAGCAGUCAGCUGGUAUUCUGUCUAUAAUGGAGUGGUUAUCACAGUCACCGGAUCUCAACCCUAUUGAGCUGUUGUGGGAGCAGCUUGACCGUAUGGUAUGUAAGAAGUGCCCAUCAAGCCAAUCCAACUUGUGGGAGGUGCUUCAGGAAGCAAGGGGUGAAAUCUCUUCAGAUUACCUCAACAAAUUGACAACUAGAAUGCAGGACACAAUUAUUAUUUCAAUUAAAAAUCAUUAUUUCUAACCUUGUCAAUGACUACAUUCACUAUGCAUUUUGCUAUAUUUCCUAUUCAAACUCAUUUCAUAUAUGUUUUCAUGGAAAACAAGGAUAUUUCUAAGUGACCCCAAACUUUUGAAGGGUAGUGUAUAUUAAUGUACCAUAUAUUAUAUUCAUAUUUUCUAAAUGUAGAUGUCUGUGUUUUUGAGUCUAGCAACUAAUAACCACUCAGUACUAUUGCAAAUUUGCCAGCCACUUUGCAAUUAUGUUACAUGCUACCCAAUACAAUAGUUUUUCAACUUUCUCACCAAAUUUCUGUCAGACAUUUGAGAGCAUGAUCUAUCCCUGUGUUCCUCUGUAGCCAUCUAUGAGGCAUCAUGUAUCCCUGUGCUCCUCUGUAGCCAUCUAUGAGGCAUGAUGUAUCCCUGUGCUCCUCUGUAGCCAUCUAUGAGGCAUGAUGUAUCCCUGUGCUCCUCUGUAGCCAUCUAUGAGGCAUCAUGUAUCCCUGUGUUCCUCUGUAGCCAUCUAUGAGGCAUGAUGUAUCCCUGUGUUCCUCUGUAGCCAUCUAUGAGGCAUGAUGUAUCCCUGUGUUCCUCUGUAGCCAUCUAUGAGGCAUGAUGUAUCCCUGUGCUCCUCUGUAGCCAUCUAUGAGGCAUGAUGUAUCCCUGUGUUCCUCUGUAGCCAUCUAUGAGGCAUGAUGUAUCCCUGUGUUCCUCUGUAGCCAUCUAUGAGGCAUGAUGUAUCCCUGUGCUCCUCUGUAGCCAUCUAUGAGGCAUCAUGUAUCCCUGUGUUCCUCUGUAGCCAUCUAUGAGGCAUGAUGUAUCCCUGUGUUCCUCUGUAGCCAUCUAUGAGGCAUGAUGUAUCCCUGUGUUCCUCUGUAGCCAUCUAUGAGGCAUGAUGUAUCCCUGUGUUCCUCUGUAGCCAUCUAUGAGGCAUCAUGUAUCCCUGUGUUCCUCUGUAGCCAUCUAUGAGGCAUGAUGUAUCCCUGUGUUCCUCUGUAGCCAUCUAUGAGGCAUGAUGUAUCCCUGUGUUCCUCUGUAGCCAUCUAUGAGGCAUGAUGUAUACCUGUGUUCCUCUGUAGCCAUCUACGAGGCAUCAUGUAUCCCUGUGUUCCUCUGUAGCCAUCUAUGAGGCAUCAUGUAUCCCUGUGUUCCUCUGUAGCCAUCUAUGAGGCAUGAUGUAUCCAUGUGUUUCUCUGUAGCCAUCUAUGAGGCAUCAUGUAUCCCUGUGUUCCUCUGUAGCCAUCUAUGAGGCAUGAUGUAUCCCUGUGUUCCUCUGUAGCCAUCUAUGAGGCAUCAUGUAUCCCUGUGUUCCUCUGUAGCCAUCUAUAAGGCAUGAUGUAUCCCUGUGUUCCUCUGUAGCCAUCUAUGUGGCAUCAUGUAUCCCUGUGUUCUUCUGUAGCCAUCUAUGAGGCAUGAUGUAUCCCUGUGUUCCUCUGUAGCCAUCUAUGAGGCAUGAUGUAUCCCUGUGUUCCUCUGUAGCCAUCUAUGAGGCAUCAUGUAUCCCUGGGUUCCUCUGUAGCUAUAUAUGAGGCAUCAUGUAUCCCUAUGUUCCUCUGUAGCCAUCUAUGAGGCAUGAUGUAUCCCUGUGUUCCUCUGUAGCCAUCUAUGAGGCAUCGUGUAUCCCUGUGUUCCUCUGUAGCCAUCUAUGAGGCAUCAUGUAUCCCUGUGUUCCUCUGUAGCCAUCUAUGAGGCAUCAUGUAUCCCUGUGUUCCUCUUUAGCCAUCUAUGAGGCAUCAUGUAUCCCUGUGUUCUUCUGUAGCCAUCUAUGAGGCAUGAUGUAUCCCUGUGUUCCUCUGUAGCUAUCUAUGAGGCAUGAUGUAUCCCUGUGUUCCUCUGUAGCCAUCUAUGAGGCAUCAUGUGAGGCCUACCGGCUGACUGGCAGCUCCUCAGGCUACUUCUCCAUUGAUCCAGAUGGCAGUGGUCCUCUGGCGCCCACACAGGUCUACUGCAACAUGACAGGUGAGCUGCCACUGGGGACCCCAGCCCUGUCAUCACCUCUCUGCAAUCCCCUGAAUCCCACAAUACCUCUAAGUUCAUGUCAUAGGAGAGUCUUGGUAAACAAUAUCUGAUUCAGUCACUGACAGAUCACAUUGCUUUGACCCACAGCACAAUUGACAGCCAAGCUAUCAAGUGGAAAAUCAUUAGGGUUACUCGAUAUGGACUCGCCCUUUGGUUACAAUGAGAGCUUCAAAUAAAGAUUUGGGUAAAUCUCUGCUGUAAAUAAGACAUUAUUUGUGUAAAAGUGCGCAAAAUUACACAAAAACUAAAGUGAAUGCACAUAAAAAAUACCAGGGCUCUGAUUCAAGUCUGUGUCUCAUGUCUUCAGGGAUUUAGACUUUUCACAGACAGAGUAAAGGAAUGAGAGCUUGAUGCCUCGAUGCUGACACUCAUGACAAUAUCCAUCACUUGCUGUCAUGAACUUUCCGGAGGUUAAUGCAACAUUUAAGUCAUUACGGAGGUGGAUGGCUGGCUGGCUGGCUAGCUGGCUGGGUGGGUGGGUGGGUGGUUGGGUGGGUGGCUGGGUGGGAGGUUGGGUGGGUUGCAGGGUGGGUGGGUGGGUGGCUGGGUGGCUGGGUGUGUGGAUAGGUGGGUGGGUUGUUUGGUGGCUGGCUGGCUGGGUGAGUGGCUGGGUGAGUGGCUGGCUGGGUGGCUAGGCGGGUGGGCAGCUGGCUGGCUGGGUGGGUGGCUGGGCGGGAGGCUGGGCGGGUGGGCGGCUGGCUGGGCGGGUGGCUGGCUGGCAGGCUGGCAGGCUGGCAGGCUGGCAGGCUGGCAGGCUGGCUGGCAGGCUGGGUGGGUUGCUGGCUGGCUGGCUGGCUGGCUGGCUGGCUGGCUGGCUGGCUGGCUGGCUGACUGACUGGGUGGCUGGCUGGAGGGGUGGCUGGCUGGCUGAGUGGGUGGCUGACUGGCUGGCUGGGGGGGUGGCUGGCUGGCUGGCUGGCUGGCUGGCUGGCUGGCUGGCUGGCUGGCUGGCUGGCUGGCUGGCUGGCUGCUGCCUGUUGAUAGUCUGGCUCAGGAUCACAAUGUGUUUGCCUCUUUUCCCCGCCACAAAUCCUAAUCAUUUUGCAUUGAGUUGCCUCAGGUUGACCUCAAUUAAAGAAUCCAUUAGAGAUGUAAAUAACUCUCAGCUUGACAACCUGGGAUGUGAAUAAUCACAAAGUGGAAGAGGAUUUUCUCUCAGGCAAGGUAAACACCAAAUCCCCCAUAAUACAUAAAAUGUGGGGAUGGUAAUGAAUUGGAGUCCUCACCUCAAUUAAUCAUGCAAACUAUUCACCCUUGGUUAGAGAGCCUACAGGAAAUCUUAUGUUUGACUGUGGAUUACUGUACAUGCAGGAAGCCCUUUUUUAAUGAAUGUAAUCAUUAAUUCAACAUGUUUAUUUGGAUGUUAGCUUAUACUAAGUCAAAGCUUGUGAAUAUAUCCAAGGUUUUAUAAUCAAAAGGUUAAAUAUGACACAACCAACCAGCUCUGCACAUCGUGUACAGCAUGUUACAGGUCAAAAUGUCUUCAGGUUUGACUUUGUGUUUUGUUCCAUGUUGUGUUGUAGAGAACAAGGUGUGGACAGUAGUGACCCACAACAGCACAGAUCCAGUCAGGGUCCAGGGUUCUACACUACAGAAGCCCUACGUUAUGAAGUUUAACUACAGCGCCUCACCUGAACAACUGAUGGCCCUCGUGGCCAGGUCAGAGCAAUGUCAACAGGAAGUUCUGUACGGCUGCAGGAAGUCCCGCCUCUUCAACACCAGAGGUGAGUUGGGUCGAUAGCAUCCUGUUCACCUUAUGAAGUCAAAUUUAGACAUGUUCCCAGAUGGACCUGUUCCGUAAUAUGACUGGUUAGUAUUCUGAGAAUGAACCUGAGUCUGACCUGAGCGUGUGAAUAUAAGCUCCAUCCUCAAACAUUGAUCCCAUUAUCUUGCAAUAACUUGAAAGGCUACCGCCCAGCAUGUCUCUGAGCAUCAAUCUUCAAUUGCUUUGAGAGCUAACAGUCUCCCAAGCAUCCCACAUUUGCUCCUAAAUCAUGAAACAUUCAUAAACUCCUGAAUUCCCUGAUUCCCCAGCUGUCAUGUGUGCGCAAACAAACAAGUUAAUUAUCACAGUGGAUCAAAAAGAGACAGGAAACAAGUCAUUGUGGUCCUCUGUAGCUCAAUUGGUAGAGCAUGGCGCUUGUAACGCCAGGGUAGUGGGUUCGAUCCCCGGGACCACCCAUACGAAAAAAUGUAUGCACACAUGACUGUAAGUCGCUUUGGAUAAAAGCGUCUGCUAAAUGGCAUAUUAUUAUUUCAUGGGCUAUAUAUGAACCGUGUCAGAUGGAACACGAAUAACGUAGGUUGUUUUCUGCUGGCUGCCGUGCUUCAACACAUAUAUUUUCUAUAGAAGGUCAAUGAUGUUCAGCCCCUCUGUCAUACACACCAUGUUACUUAGCUGUUCAAUAGAUAUAGCGAUCAAUAAUUGUUUACUAUUAGACCAGUUUGGCAAAUGGAUUAAUGUAAAUGUGAAUGAUUAAAAACUGUAUUUUUGUGAACUCAUACAUCACACCGUCAUGAAUGUGUAACCUGCAAUCAUUAAUGGAAAAGUGAGUUCCAUGAGAGGGCAUCUGUAAUGUAUGCGGGUUUGAAAUGUAAUGUCAUGUAACACAAUGCAGAUGUGUUGAUAGAAGCCUAUAUCUGUGCUGAGAGCUGAGAGGCUGCUUCCUGCAGGCCUAUAGUGUCUCUCAGGCAGAGUCAUGUUGUGUUGAUAGAAGCCUAUAUCUAUGCUGAGAGCUGAGAGGCUGCUUCCUGCAGGCCUGUAGUGUCUCUCAGGCAGAGUCAUGUUGUGUUGAUAGAAGCCUAUAUCUAUGCUGAGAGCUGAGAGGCUGCUUCCUGCAGGCCUGUAGUGUCUCUCAGGCAGAGUCAUGUUGUGUUGAUAGAAGCCUAUAUCUGUGCUGAGAGCUGAGAGGCUGCUUCCUGCAGGCCUGUAGUGUCUCUCAGGCAGAGUCAUGUUGUGUUGACAGAAGCCUAUAUCUGUGCUGAGAGCUGAGAGGCUGCUUCCUGCAGGCCUGUAGUGUCUCUCAGGCAGAGUCAUGUUGUGUUGAUAGAAGCCUAUAUCUAUGCUGAGAGCUGAGAGGCUGCUUCCUGCAGGCCUGUAGUGUCUCUCAGGCAGAGUCAUGUUGUGUUGAUAGAAGCCUAUAUCUAUGCUGAGAGCUGAGAGGCUGCUUCCUGCAGGCCUGAAGUGUCUCUCAGGCAGAGUCAUGUUGUGUUGAUAGAAGCCUAUAUCUAUGCUGAGAGCUGAGAGGCUGCUCCCUGCAGGCCUAUAGUGUCUCUCAGGCAGAGUCAUGUUGUGUUGAUAGAAGCCUAUAUCUGUGCUGAGAGCUGAGAGGCUGCUUCCUGCAGGCCUGUAGUGUCUCUCAGGCAGAGUCAUGUUGUGUUGAUAGAAGCCUAUAUCUAUGCUGAGAGCUGAGAGGCUGCUCCCUGCAGGCCUAUAGUGUCUCUCAGGCAGAGUCAUGUUGUGUUGAUAGAAGCCUAUAUCUGUGCUGAGAGCUGAGAGGCUGCUUCCUGCAGGCCUGUAGUGUCUCUCAGGCAGAGUCAUGUUGUGUUGAUAGAAGCCUAUAUCUAUGCUGAGAGCUGAGAGGCUGCUUCCUGCAGGCCUGUAGUGUCUCUCAGGCAGAGUCAUGUUGUGUUGAUAGAAGCCUAUAUCUGUGCUGAGAGCUGAGAGGCUGCUUCCUGCAGGCCUGUAGUGUCUCUCAGGCAGAGUCAUGUUGUGUUGAUAGAAGCCUAUAUCUAUGCUGAGAGCUGAGAGGCUGCUUCCUGCAGGCCUGAAGUGUCUCUCAGGCAGAGUCAUGUUGUGUUGAUAGAAGCCUAUAUCUAUGCUGAGAGCUGAGAGGCUGCUUCCUGCAGGCCUGUAGUGUCUCUCAGGUAGAGUCAUGUUGUGUUGAUAGAAGCCUAUAUCUGUGCUGAGAGCUGAGAGGCUGCUUCCUGCAGGCCUGUAGUGUCUCUCAGGCAGAGUCAUGUUGUGUUGAUAGAAGCCUAUAUCUGUGCUGAGAGCUGAGAGCCUGCUCCCUGCAGGCCUAUAGUGUCUCUCAGGCAGAGUCAUGUUGUGUUGAUAGAAGCCUAUAUCUGUGCUGAGAGCUGAGAGGCUGCUUCCUGCAGGCCUGUAGUGUCUCUCAGGCAGAGUCAUGUUGUGUUGAUAGAAGCCUAUAUCUAUGCUGAGAGCUGAGAGGCUGCUUCCUGCAGGCCUGUAGUGUCUCUCAGGCAGAGUCAUGUUGUGUUGAUAGAAGCCUAUAUCUGUGCUGAGAGCUGAGAGGCUGCUUCCUGCAGGCCUGUAGUGUCUCUCAGGCAGAGUCAUGUUGUGUUGAUAGAAGCCUAUAUCUGUGCUGAGAGCUUAGAGGCUGCUUCCUGCAGGCCUGUAGUGUCUCUCAGGCAGAGUCAUGUUGUGUUGAUAGAAGCCUAUAUCUAUGCUGAGAGCUGAGAGGCUGCUUCCUGCAGGCCUGUAGUGUCUCUCAGGCAGAGUCAUGUUGUGUUGAUAGAAGCCUAUAUCUAUGCUGAGAGCUGAGAGGCUGCUUCCUGCAGGCCUGUAGUGUCUCUCAGGCAGAGUCAUGUUGUGGGACAGAAGACUGUAGCAGGGCCACUUACAGAUGCUCCAGGAAAUGAGCCCUGCCUGCCUGACUGGCAUCACUGAGGGCUCAUUGACACACUGCCAUGGGAUGCCAAAAGAUGCCCAGGGCUAUAAUCACAGUCACAGUGCAGAAAGCCAUACUGCAGGAAUGACCCCUGGACUAUUAGCAGGUCCCUAAUGUCUCACUGACCAGCAGGGGGAAAUGUUAUCUUUGAAUAUGGAUUACAUCAUAUAUUCCAAUAAUAUUAUUUUAAAAAUGGUGCUGUGUUUUCUAAGCGUCUGACCAGUUCAGUGUCAAUUUGAGCCAGUUAUACGGUUAAACUGACUAUGUAACUAGCUACUGUGAAACUUUUCCUGUUGGUUUUGUAUUUUCUAUUUACUGUUAAUGUUGUGCUUUGCUGCAGAUGGCAGCCCCCUGUCCUGGUGGGUGGACCAGGGUGGAGAGAGACGGACCUACUGGGGAGGCUUCCUGCCGGGGGUUCAGCAGUGCUCCUGCAGCAUGGAGGACAACUGCAUGGACAUGAACUACUUCUGCAACUGUGAUGCUGACACAGACUCAUGGUAACAAGGCAAAUAUGUCUCUCUGUGUAUCUACAGUGCCUUGCAAAAUUAUUCAUCCCCCUUGGCGUUUUUCCUAUUUUGUUGCAUUACAACCUGUCAUUUAAAUCUAUUUUUAUUUGGAUUGCAUGUAAUGGACAUACACAAAAUUGUCCAAAUUCAAAAAAGUCUAAAAAAUAAAUAACGGAAAAGUGGUGUGUGCAUAUGUAUUCUCCCCCUUUGCUAUGAAGCCCCUAAAUAAGAUCUGGUGCAACCAAUUACCUUCAGAAGUCACAUAAUUAGUUAACCCUCCCGUUGUCCUAGGGUCAAAAUGACCCGCCACUGUGUUGAACCAACUUUAUUUAAUUUUUAUAUUUUUGGGAUCAUUUGUGAGAAGGAGGCAGUGAGACUUUAAAGAAAGUAUCACAUAAGUGUCACAUGAUCUGUCACAUGAUCUCAGUAUAUAUACACCUGUUCUGAAAGGCCCCAGAGUCUGCAACACCACUAAGCAAGGGGCACCACCAAGCAAGCGGCACCAUGAAGACCAAGGAGCUCUCCAAACAGGUCAGGGACAAAGUUGUGGAGAAGUACAGAUCAGGGUUAUAAAAAAAUAUUAGAAACUUUGAACAACGGAGCACCAUUAAAUCCAUUAUUAAAAAAUGGAAAGAAUAUGGCACCACAACAAACCUGCCAAGAGAGGGCCGCCCACCCAAAUUCACAGACCAGGCAAGGAGGGCAUUAAUCAGAGGCAACAUACCAAAGAUAACCUUGAAGGAGCUGCAAAGCUCCACAGCAGAGAUUGGAGUAUCUGUCCAUGGGACCACUUUAAGCCGUACACUCAACAGAGCUGGGCAUUACAGAAGAGUGGCCAGAAAAAAUCCAUUGCUUAAAGAAAAAAAUAAGCAAACAUGUUUGGUGUUCGCCAAAAUGCAUGUGAGAGACUCAAAAAACAUAUGGAAGAAGGUACUCUGGUCAGAUGAGACAGAAAUUGAGCUUUUUGGCCAUCAAGGAAAACGCUAUGUCUGGUGCAAACCCAACACCUCUCAUCACCCCGAGAACACCAUCCCCACAGUGAAGCAUGGUGGUGGCAGCAUCAUGCUGUGGGGAUGUUUUUCAUCGGCAUCAACUGGGAAACUGGUCAGAAUUGAAGGAAUGAUAGAUGGUGCUAAAUACAGGGAAAUUCUUGAGGGAAACCUGUUUCAGUCUUCCAGAGAUUUGAGACUGGGACGGAGGUUCACCUUCCAGCAGGACAAUGACCCUAAGCAUACUGCUAAAGCAACACUCGAGUGGUUUAAGGGGAAACAUUUAAAUGUAUUGGAAUGGCCUAGUCAAAGCCCAGACCUCAAUCCAAUUGAGAAUCUGUGGUAUGACUUAAAGAUUGCUGUACACCAGCGAAACCCAUCCAACUUGAAGGAGCUGGAGCAGUUUUGCGUUGAAGAAUGGGCAAAAUUCCCAGUGGCUAGAUGUGCCAAGCUUAUAGAGACAUACCCCAAGAGACUUGCAGCUGUAAUUGCUGCUAAAGGUGGCUCUACAAAGUAUUGACUGGGGGGGUGAAUAGUUAUGCACGCUCAAGUUUUCUGUUUUUUUGUCUUAUUUUUUGUUUGUUUCACAAUAAAAAAUAUUUUGAAUCUUCAAAGUGGUAGGCAUAUUGUGUAAAUCAAAUGAUACAAACACUCCAAAAAUCCAUUUUAAUUCCAGGUUGUAAGGCAACAAAAUAGGAAAAAUGCCAAGAGGGGUGAAUACUUUCACAAGCCACUGUACUGGGCUGUUCAUUGAUCAAUAUCAAGGCUGUACGAGCCAAUGGGUUUGUCUUUUGAUCAUUAUAAAAAUGUUUUUGGUGCAUUACUUUCUUUCCAUAUAGAACUUUUAAUACAGGGAUAUCUUCAUCACAAUUCAACUGUUGUUUUGAACUUGAAUUCCGUUGCGAGCAUUAUUUUUAUUUUGAACGUUUAUUCUCACCCAGUGUUUCCCCAUGUACUUCUGCAUUUGGGAAACGUAAUUUGCAUAUCUCCUGAGGCACCCGUCCAGACCUUGAUCGAUUGCUCCAUCUUUAUAGUGUUUACUCUAAAGUUUCAGGCAAUGCUGAUUGAGGAUUGGAUUAGUUUAUCUGUAGUGAAAUUAAGAGGCUUCUCUCUCUCUGUUUAUUGCAGGGCUAAUGACACAGGAGUCCUUUCCUACAAAGAGCACUUACCAGUGAGUGAGAUCGUGAUUGGAGACACCAACAGAACCGGCUCUGAGGCGCUCUACAGAAUCGGCCCGCUGCGUUGUUAUGGCGACAGUAGGUGAACUGUUCUAUUUUGUAAAAUGUUUAUCUUACAUAUGGUCCCUUUUGAACAUCCUUGCUUUUCCAGGCCAAAUGCUGAUUGAAUGUUGAGUGUGUUCAAACUCUUAGAAAAUAUAUGUAUUUCCUGUCUUCUAGAGUCUGUGUGGAAUGCAGCGUCCUUCUACCAGGAGUCAUCCUACCUGCACUUCCCCACCCUCCAGGCAGAGCUCAGCGCUGAUAUCUCCUUCUACUUCAAGACCAGCACUCCCUCAGGAGUCUUCCUGGAGAACGUGGGCCUCAAGGACUUCAUCAGAGUGGAGCUCAGCUGUGAGUUUGUGGGCCACACACACACACACACACUCACACACAAGCAAGAGAAGGCCACACACACACAAAACACACACUCGCACACAUACAAAUCAAAUCAAAUGUUAUUUGUCACAUGCGCCGAAUACAACAGGUGUAGAUCCUUACAGUGAAAUGCUUACUUACAAGCCCUUAACCAACAAUGCCGUUUUUAAGAAAAAUAAGUGGUAAGUAAAAAAUUGAUAAGUAAAAAAUAAUGAAAGAGCAGCAUUGUUUGUUACUUAUUUUGUACAUAAUGUUGCUGCUACUGUCUCUUAUGACCGAAAAGAGCUUCUGGACAUCAGAACAGAGAUUACUCACCUUGAACUGGACAAAUUAUUUUUCUUUAAUGAGUCGGACGAGAGUAUUUUGCUCCAGACACCCGACAGGGCCCUCAUCCCCGUCAUUCGCAGUAGAAAGAAAAGGAGAUAUUGCAGAAGGAGAUCGGGGUGCCUGGUAAGGAGCCGGUGACGAGUGGCUAAUCUGCCUUUGCCAUCGAUACUAAUAACCAAUUUACAAUCGCUUGAUAAUAAAGUGGACGAACUACAGGCACGAAUAUCCUACCAACGGGACAUAACUGUAAUAUCUUAUGUUUCACCGAGUCGUGGCUGAACGAUGACAUGAAUAACAUACAGCUGGCUGGUUAUACACUGUACCGGCAGGAUAGAACAGCAGCAUCUGAUAAGACAAGGGGUGGCGGUCUAUGUAUAUUUGUAAACAACAGCUGGUGCAUGAUAUCUAAGGAAGUCUUGAGGUUUUGCUCACCUGAGGUAGAGUAUCUCAUUAUAAGCUGAAGACCACACUAUCUACCAAGAGAGUUUUAAUCUAUAUUCUUCGUAGCUGUCUAUUUACCACCACAAACCGAUGCUGCACUAAGACCACACUCAAGCUGUAUAAGGCCAUAAGCAAACAGGAAAACACUCAUCCAGAGGCAGCGCUCCUUGUGGCCGGGGACUUUAAUGCAGUGAAACUUAAAUCCAUUUUACCUCAUUUCUACCAGCAUGUUAAAUGUGCAACCAGAGGGAAAAAAACUCUAGACCACCUUUACUCCACACACAGAGACGCAUACAAAGCUCUCCCUUGCCCUCCAUUUGGAAAAUCUGACCAUAAUUAUAUCCUUCUGAUUCCUGCUUACAAGCAAAAACUAAAGCAGGAAGCACCAGUGACUCGGUCAAUAAAAAAGUGGUCAGAUGAAGCAGAUGCUAAGCUACAGGACUGUUUUGCUAGCACAGACUGGAAUAUGUUCCGGGAUUCUUCCGAUGGCAUUGAGGAGUACACCACAUCAGUCACUGGCUUCUACAAUAAGUGCAUCGAAAGAUGUCGUCCCCACAGUACUGUACGUACAUACCCCAACCAAAAGCCAUGGAUUACAGGCAACAGCCGCACUGAGCUAAAGGGUAGAGCUGCCGCUUUCAAGGAGCGGGACUCUAACCCGGAAGCUUCUAAGAAAUCUUGCUAUGCCCUCCGACGAACCAUCAAACAGGCAAAGAGUCAAUACAGGACUAAGAUUGAAUCGUACUACACCGGCUCCGACGCUCAUCAGAUAUGGCAGGGCUUGAAAACUAUUACAGACUACAAAGGGAAGCACAGCCGCGAGCUGCCCAGUGACACAAGCCUACCAGACAAGCUAAAUUACUUCUAUGCUCGCUUCGAGGCAAGUAAUACUGAAACAUGCAUGAGAGCAUCAGCUGUUCCGGAUGACUGUGUGAUAACGCUCUCCAUAGCCGAUGUGAGUAAGACCUUUUAACAGGUCAACAUUCACAAGGCCACAGGGCCAGACGGAUUACCAGGACGUGUACUCCGAGCAUGCGCUGUCCAACUGGCAAGUGUCUUCACUGACAUUUUCAGCAUGUCCCUGUCCGAGUCUGUAAUACCAACAUGUUUCAAGCAGACCACCAUAGUCCCUGUGCCCAAGAACACAAAGGUAACCUGCCUGAAUGACUACCGACCCGCUCAUCACUAAGCUAAGGACCCUGGGACUAAACAUCUCCCUCUGCAACUGGAUCCUGGACCUCCUGACGGGCCGCCCCCAGGUGGUAAGGGUAGGUAACAACACAUCCGCAACGCUGAUCCUCAACACGGGGGCCCCUCACGGGUGCGUGCUCAGUCCCCUCCUGUACUCCCUGUUCAGUCAUGACUGCAUGGCCAGGCACAACUCCAACACCAUCAUUAAGUUUGCCGAUGACACAACAGCCUGAUCACCGACAACGACGAGACAGCCUAUAGGAAGGAGGUCAGAGACCUGGCCGUGUGGUGCCAGGACAACAACCUCUCCCUCAACGUGAUCAAGACAAAGGAGAUGAUUGUGGACUACAGGAAAAAGAAGAGGACCGAGCACGCCCCCAUUCUCAUCGACGGGGCUGUAGUGGAACAGGUUGAGAGCUUCAAGUUCCUUGGUGUCCACAUCACCAACAAACUAUCAUGGUCCAAGCACACCAAGACAGUCGUGAAGAGGGCACGACAAAACCUAUUCCUCCUAAGGAGACUGAAAAGAUUUGGCAUGGGUCCGCAGCUCAGCUGUGAGUUUGUUAGCCGCACGCACGCACACACACACACACACACACACACACACACACACACACACACACACACCAGAAUCAAUUUGGAGGAGGCCAGUGGUUUGAAAUCAUAAAGAUUCUAUUUUCUGAUGAAAGCACUUCCCAGCUACAGUAGCCUACCUUUGACAUGCAGUUUGAAAAAUUUGCAAAAUGUUACUCCUGACCUGCACUGUAUAAUGUAAUCCUAAUGACACACACAGUGCUCUAUUAUCAAGCUGUCAAGCCUCUAAUAACACUUUCCGUGGCGGCCAUGUAAACAGUAGCUGUUGAAGAAACUAAUGGUCAAACUACAUUGUGAAUGUACUGACUAACACCACCUUGAGCUCAAAAUUAGUCUGUAAAAGCUUUUCUUUAAGUCUUUCAUUAGAUUCCAUUUUCUCACAGGACAUUUGGAGCUCUGAAAUAACUGCAGCGUGUAUGCAUUCAUGACUGUGAGUCACUUUGGGUGGGUGGUUGGAUGGAUGGAGACGUAGGAUGGGUAGGGUUGGGGGAAUGGGGUUGGGGGAAUGGGGUUGGGGGUGGGGGCUCACUUAUUUUUUUGAUUUACAUACAGGUGGAUGCAAGUUAUGAAAUUAUAUGAAUUUGUAUAUUGCGCCUGUAGCUCCCCCAACAAGAAAAUGACAAAAUGUAUAAAGAUUUGGUAACAAAAAAAGGCUUUGAAGGAUCAAUGCAUCACAUUGCAUGUCAUCGACAUGGAAUGAAAUGGUGUCCCAUAGAAAAGAGGAGUCUCAGAUUCACUACUGACCUGACUGUGCUUGUGUCCCUGUUCUGUUCCCUCAGCUCCGUUCGUAGUGACGUUCUCCUUUGACGUGGGAAACGGGCCGGUGGUCCUGGCCAUUAAGUCCCACGUGCCCCUGAAUGACAGGCAGUGGCACUACGUGAGGGCGGAGCGCAGCGUGAAAGAGGCCUCUCUGCAGGUGGACCAGAUGCCCCUGCGCUUCCUGGAAGCCCCAUCUGAGGGACACCUCCGCCUCCGGCUCAACAGCCAGCUGUUUGUGGGUAGGGCUAGGGCGAACAGCCCCUCUGUGGAUUAAUAUGUACAUAGAGCAGUUAUAAGUGUGUUAUAACUCUGUAAAAGUCAUAUAAAUUAGUUAUAACUAAUAUAGUAUUUUCAAAUACACAGCUCAAAACAAGUCGUUUUAUUUGAGUAUUUGAAUGGUUAUAUGUAAAAUAAAACUAAUAGUUGACCAAAUUGUAUCUGAAGUAUUUCAAAAUACUUUUUUCAAAUAAUAUUUUCUAAUACCUGGGUUAAAUGCGUGGGAGUGUAUUUGAGUCAGUGUAUUUGAGUAUUUUCAAAUACUUUACAAGUGUAUUUCGAAAUACAUUCCAAUAUUCAACUACUUAUGUAUUCUAAUAAAGGUUAUCUUAAUUAUUUGAACCCAGGUCUGGUUAUAACAUUGUAACCAGCAUUAUGAACUAGUUAUAACCUGUGGUCCCUCCUCCAGGGGGAACAGCAGCUAGUACUCAGUGGAAUAUGAUGCAUUAUAUACUAGUUAUACAUCUUUAAUAACACUGUAAUAAACAUAUGAACUAGUUAUAACCUGUGGUCCCUCCUCCAGGGGGAACGGCGGCCAGGCAGAGGGGCUUCUUGGGCUGCAUCAGAACUCUGACUAUAAACGGUUUGACCUUUAACCUGGAGGAGCGGGCUAAGAUGACCCCGGGAGUGAGCGCUGGCUGCCCCGGCCACUGCAGCGGCUCCAGCAGUCUCUGCCACAACAGAGGGAGGUGCAUCGAGAAUAACACCGGCUAUGUCUGUGACUGCUCCCAGUCUGCCUACGGGGGGCCCUCCUGCAAGGAAGGUGUGAAACUCAUAGUAACUCCAUCCCAGAGGUUAAGCCUUGGGUUGAUUUAGCUGUAAUGUUGUUUCAUCUACUCAUUCUGAUGCUGUUUUGAUACUGAAUCUAUGAUUAUAACAUGUAACUACAGGUAUACAUACAAAACAUGCACUUCCAGUUUGUAAAGUAUAAUUUUUAACACCUGGGUGAAAAGUUCCCUCGUGAAGUGCAAUCUGCUGCAGUCAGGAGAAGUUGAUUAACAUAGAGUUAUGUCACAACAGCCCUCUGUUGCAAAAUAUUGCGUUACAUUUACAGAAAUCUAACAUCGCUCAGAGGAGAUGAAAACUUGAAUAUUUCUUGUUUUCAAGUGAAAUAUUCAAUGCCAGCAAAUAUCUUAGGCUGCCCCAGUCCUAAUGUUCACUUGCUCUUGAAGUAUUGAAGUAGAGGUGUUGAGAUCAGUGGCAUUCAGAGUGCAGAUUGGACUCCAUCUGAAGAAGAGAUCAAAGAGGGAGAGGAUGAGAUGACAGAUCCUUCCUCCUCUGCUCUCUCUGGUCUGUCUGAGAGGAUCCUGCUCUCACAUUCACACUAAUCUAGGCCUCCAUUAUUAUGGAGCAGACACGCCUGAAAUAUUCCACUGGUCUGAAAUACAAUAGUCUCACUUUGAUCCAAUCCUACUACCGUAGCAUCUGGAACACAGAAGUUACAAAAUAUAUAUAUAUUUUAUUUUAUUUUAGAUGGUCAUAAACAUAUUUCAUAUUAACAGAAUAGCAUAUGCUAUUGAAGUUGCUGCCUCUGGGGCAGUUACUAUAGCAUGAAUGGAGAUACUAUUGAUGGCUAUCAACAAGUAAGAGGUGACCAUAUUGUCCUGGACUGUCACCCAUGAUACAAUGCACUGGGGCUCCCGAGUGGCGCAGCGGUUUAAGGCACUGCAUCUCAGUGUUUGAGGCGUCACUACAGACCCCAUGGUUCGAUUCCAGGAUGUAUCACAACCGGCUGUGAUUGGGAGUCCCAUAAACAAUAAAUGAAAUGACCUAACCCAUCCUCUCUCUCCCUGUCCAUGCAGAGGUGUCUGUGUCGUUUGACAGAGAGUCGUCGGUGACCUACACCUUCCAGGAGCCUUUCUCUGUGAUGCAGAACAGGAGCUUCCAGGCCUCCAGCGUCUACAGAGAGAACAGCAGGGCCAGAGAGAACAUGGCUCUCAUCUUCAUGACCACACAGAGCCCUGCCAUGCUGCUCACUGUCAGCACUUUCAGCCAGCAGUACAUAGCAGUCAUCCUGGCACGCAACGGUACUCAUUUUCCACUAUAAAAAAAAUAAGGAUUAUCAAGGUAGGAUUCAACCAUUUGAAUUCACGGUUUAACCCAGCUUGUGAUUUACAGGGAGUCUCCAGAUCUGGUACCAUCUCCAUGUGGACAUGAGGCCAGAUGUGUUCAGCCCCAGACCCACAAGCCUGGCAGACGGACGCCUCCACCGUAUCAGAAUCCACCGUGAGGGAAAAGACGUCUACCUACAGGUGAGCAGUGGAUACAUAUGGGAUGUUUACAACAAAUGGGAUUCAUACAUUUUCAUGUAUGAAACAGAAAUGUAGGUGCAGGAGAGGGUGGGGAGGGUGAGGAGUAGGGGGGUGAGGAGGGUGUGGAGCAGGAGGGUGAGGAGGGUGAGGAGCUGAGGAGUGAAGAGGGUGAGGAGCAUUAGAGUGAAGAGGGUGAGGAGCUGGGGAGUGAAGAGGGUGAGGAGAAGGGGAGUGAAGAGGGUGAGGAGCUGGGGAGUGAAGAGGGUGGGGAGGGUGAGGAGUGAAGAGGGUGAGGACCUGGCGAGUGAAGAGGGUGAGGAGCUGGGGAGUGAAGAGGGUGAGGAGAAAGGGAGUGAAGAGGGUGAGGAGCAUUAGAGUGAAGAGGGUGAGGAGCAUUAGAGUGAAGAGGGUGAUGAGCUGGGGAGUGAAGAGGGUGAUGAGCUGGAGAGUGAAGAGGGUGAGGAGCUGGGGAGAGAAGAGGGUGAGGAGCUGGAGAGUGAAGAGGGUGAGGAGCUGGGGAGAGAAGAGGGUGAUGAGCUGGAGAGUGAAGAGGGUGAGGAGCUGGGGAGAGAAGAGGGUGAGGAGCUGGAGAGUGAAGAGGGUGAGGAGCUGGAGAGUGAAGAGGGUGAGGAGCUGGGGAGAGAAGAGGGUGAGGAGCUGGAGAGUGAAGAGGGUGAGGAGCUGGAGAGUGAAGAGGGUAAGGAGUAAGGGAGUGAAGAGGGUGAGGAGCUGGGGAGAGAAGAGGGUGAGGAGCUGGAGAGUGAAGAGGGUGAGGAGCUGGAGAGUGAAGAGGGUGAGGAGCUGGAGAGUGAAGAGGGUAAGGAGUAAGGGAGUGAAGAGGGUGAUGAGCUGGGGAGUGAAGAGGGUGAGGAGCUGGAGAGUGAAGAGGGUGAGGAGCUGGAGAGUGAAGAGGGUGAGGAGCUGGGGAGAGAAGAGGGUGAGGAGCAGGAGAGUGAAGAGGGUGAGGAGCUGGAGAGUGAAGAGGGUGAGGAGCUGGAGAGUGAAGAGGGUGAGGAGCUGGAGAGUGAAGAGGGUGAGGAGCAGGGGAGUGUAGAAUGUAUGUACAAGGUGUAUUCAAACAGUUGGGACUAGCUAUUGUAUAUAAAAAGAGAAGACAUUAGCAUCACAUCACACUAAGCAGAGAGGGGAACUACACUCUACUUGUUCACCAUGAGCAAAUACUGUGUUAGGAAAAAUGUAAGUACAGUUGCCUACACUAACCAAUGUGUUGGAUUAACCAAGUAUUCUGUGUGUGGUCGAAUGUGUUCUUCACACCUCCUUGUCCUUUUUCCCACUCCACUAGAUUGACAAGGACAUGAACCUAAAGUACAUCCUGUCAUCAGACACAGAGUUAAUCUCCAUCAAAUCACUGACUUUGGGGAAGGUCACAGGUGAGCCCACCAGAGAAAUGAGGAUGUGUUGGUUGAGGUAGUUUGAAAUGAUUAAAUGACUGGAGGCUACAGUCAUGGUUUUUACUCUAAAUGGAGGAAAUGAACAGCCUACCACAUUGCAGGGCUUAGAAGAAUCAGUCUUUGCAAUUAAGGCAAAGCUUGUAAACUGGAAUAGAUAGACGAGACGUGUCAGUGAUAUAACGUGAUGUAGGCAUUCUAAGCAUUAGAUUUGGUCGACUAUCUGAAUCACUUCUCGCAUCUGGCAUAGAAUUGACAGCCAGAUGGGGAGGGGUGUCAGCCACCUCCAUCACCACCCCACCAGGACAUUGUAUCUGUCUAAUAAUCAGUCUCACAUAUCUCACGAACCACUAAUCUUGGGGAGUAUUGCACUCAAGCUUAUCACUUCACGCAUUAGUCAGAAGCUAAAUGGAACUGUUAAGUAAACCAAGCGUAAUUUGUCUAACACAGAGAUUCACAAUAGCUUAGGGAACGAGCAAAUCUAUGCUAAUUGACAACAUAAUUUGCAUUUCAAAACAAAUGUAUUCAUCUUAUCAUUAAGAUAGUGGAGAUCCCCUGUUGGAUGAGGAUGAAUACAUGUAUGACUAGAUGCUGUCUAUGGGGGUUUUGAGAAGAACACUGUUUUUAGACAUUGAUCGUUGGCAAUGUAUUAGAUAUUUAGAGGGAUUGAAUCAAAACUACUAAACAUAGGCCUAAGUCUCAAUCAUUCAAAUGAUUUCCAGUUUUUCAUCAAACUCAUGAAAAGUCAUGAAAGUCAAGUUAAACACACAAAAUCUAAACAACAUUAUGUAUUCUAAAUCUGGGUUAGUAUAUAGGACAAAACAUCCAUUCCCUCUAGAGCAUGCCUGUUCUAUCUCUCACACAUACUGUAUUCAUAUGACUCCAGCACAGUGCAACAGCAUCCACUACUUACAAUGUGUUUUCUGCAGGAUGAAAGGAAAUGCAUGUACCUUCUUGGCUGGGUUAUGUCUCCUAGGGAUCUAUUAAGUCAAAAUGAAUGCUGCAGUGCCACAAACGAAGAGAAAUGAUAAACAUGGUGGUGAUGAUCACCGUGGAACUUUUGGGGGUCAAUUACACUACUUCCUGUACAGUAAAUUGCCCCCUAUGGGAAGUAUGGUAAUUAUAGAUUUCAAACCAAUUAGAUACAAUAUUACUUUAAAGGGAAGAUGCUGUUGAAUGUUGACCCUCGUGGUUUGAUUAGCUCCAUUAUAUUGAAAUAUCUAAUAUCUUUAGAGAAAUUACAGGCACACACCGAUCUCUCUUAUAUCUUAUAUCUACUCUUGUCCUUAACACAAAUCAAAAUAGCAAAUUGCUCCCAGCGCUCCUAUCUCUGAUUAAUGAUAGUCAAGUGCUCUAAGCAGCCAGCAUGCUAUCUGCAUAUGUGGUAGUCGUUAUGAUUAAUUUCCUGCAAAUGCUGAGGAAUCUUUAAAUGAACUUAUUGUCCUCGACUAACCUGUGCCCCCGCACAUUGACUCAGUACUGGUACCCCCUGUAUAUAGCAUCGUUAUUGUUAUUUUAUUGUUACUUUAGUUUAUUUAGGAAAUAUGUUUCUUAAAACUGCAGUGUUGGUUAAGGGCUCUUAAGUAAGCAUUUCACGGUAAGGUCUACAACUGUUGUAUUCGGCGCAUGUGAAAAAUAACAUUGGAUUUGAUUUGAUUUUGUGGAGCUCCAAUUGUAUUUGCAUACAGUUCAUAUGCAUUUAUAGACUAUUUUAUUGAACAUAACAAGCAGGAACAAUUGACAUACAGUCUCAAGAGAGCCUGCUCAGUGGUUCGUGCUAUCUCACUUUGACAAAGAGAGAGAUUGCUUUGAGAGAUACUAUCCAACAUGUACAUUAGUCAAGGUUAGAUACUGGUGUCUUUGUGGCAGUCGGUGGAUGUUUGAAUGUUUUAUUAACAUUCAGAUUAAUCAGAUAAAUCUGUGAGUUUGAUUAGUACCUUCCUUGUUGUUUACAGGAGUGAAUGCUGGGGAUGAGGAAGUGAUGCAGGCAGGAUCUAAGGGCUUCAUUGGCUGCUUGUCAUCCGUCCAGUUCAAUCACGUGGCUCCACUGAAGGCAGCGCUACUGAACCGUGGCAGCUCAUUGGUCAGUGUACGGGGUCACCUGGUGGAGUCUAACUGUGGGGCUCUGGCUGACUCAACAAUAUUUCACUCUCAAUCAGGUGAGGAAUGUAGAAUGUAUUCAGAAUAUAUUGUAUUUCUGUGGACGAUAUCGUCUAACAUUUUAAUAUUGUACACUGUCAACAUCAAAGCCGGGAUAGAGUUUAGUCUACAGAUUCUUCCACUGUCACAAUGAUGGUUCCCAAGUGAACGUUGCUCAUUGAUUUAUGUCGGUCCCCAGUCCUCAAACAAAUUACAGAUCGAUGAUCUAAUCCGUUCCUCAUGAUGUCACCACUCUCUCUUCCGUCUUCCGGUAGAUCAUUCAGAGACAGUAGGCAGAGGCAAGGGGCCAUUAAGGAACGCUUCACAAAGCAACUCGGCGGUAAUUGGAGGUGAGAUUUCCAAUUCAGAGUUGUUAAAGUGCUCAAUUGCCAAAGUCAGUGUCCUGUGAAAUGAGCCCCAGCUAUCUCUGCCUCUUGCUCUCUACUCAGACGUUUUCUUGGAAUAAUGUGUGUCUGUCAAGACAGGAUAACAUGCCACAAUUUAGACAUUUCUAGCACUGGAGAGACUUCCAAAGUAAUUACCCAGAAGGGCUGUUAUUUGCACUGUAAAGUAAAAGGUCUUAUAAAUUGACUUUAAGUCAGAUAUGUUUGGAGAUAAUGGAGACAAUGGAGAUAACGGAGAUAAUGGAGGAAAUUGAGAUAAUGGAGAUAACGGAGAUAAUGGAGAUAACAGAGGAAAUGGAGAUAAUGGUGAUGAUGGAUGAAAUGGAGAUAAUGGAGAUAAUGGGAAUAACGGAGAUCAUGGAGAUAAUGGAUUGACAGAUACAAAAGAACAAAAAGAAGAUCAAAGAACAUUCCUAAGUAAAUUUGGGAAUGCUUUAUUUGACACCUAGUGUCAUAAUAUGUCAUAACAGCUGACAUACCUUGUCAUAACCUGUCAUAAUAUGGUCAUAACACUGUCAUGACACACAUUUAGACCUGUUGUGACAUAUACUGCAUUAUUUUAUGGCUGGUUAUGACACCUACAUAAGAGUGUCACAACCCGCAAAACCUACCACACAAGGCAGAACAUUCCAUUACACCAUUGCCAUUGUGUCAACAGUGUGUUUAUCUUAUGUAACAUUUUCUGUAAUUGACCAUAUUAAAUGAUAAUUGUAGUUGUGCACACAUUGAUGUCAGACAUGCACUUUCCCCAAUGCUCUGUUGCUGAUGACUGGGAUGAAUGCAGGAGCAGAUUUCAGGAGCAAGACAAGACACCCUCUUUGUAAACAAAAAAAAAAAAAAGAAUGUGUAAAGUGGUUAUCCCACUGGCUAUAAGGUGAAUGCACCUAUUUGUAAGUCGCUCUGGAUAAGAGCGUCUGCUAAAUGACGUAAAUGUAUGUAAAUGUGACUGAUGACUGACAUAAGGGCAUGUACGUGACAGGCCUAUCUGGCUUAUACGAUUCUGAUGGUCAUAAUGCUCCAUGACAGUGUCAUAAAGUGUAUUCUCUACAAGUUAUUCUAAAUACAAUUAAAUAAAAACAUAACUGUAAAGAAUUCAUUACAAAAACAACAAAGGAUUUAACUCUAAAUCGUAUUAUUUCGAAUAAGUUUCCUUUUGUUGUAAAGUUUGUUUCUGCAGCCUCCCUCAAGGUCUUCACCUCCACUGCAGGAUGCAGUAUAUGCUUUACUUUCUCUGAAAAAUAUAAGUAAAGAACAGAAAUCAGAAUAGAGUAUGCUACAAUGCGGUGACACUGCUAAAGAAAGCUGAAGACUAAAACUUCAUACCAAAUGUAUUAUUGCAAUAGGAAACACUUUCACACAUUCUCAAAUACAUUACAAUCCAGUUUUCACAAUGUUUUCAUAACAUAGCUAAAGCUAGCUCUCAACUUUUCAUGUAGCUAGCGUAAUAGACAGCUACAGCAAAGUUGAUAUUGUGAGAUUUCUAAACUUUUAGAGAGAGACUGUCAACAAAUACAGCAAAGAGCUGCUGUUUUUAUGAGUGAUGUUUAAGUUUUUUCUCAGCACUGUCAACACUUUCUAUUCAACACUUUUAUAACCAUACAAUGUACGUUCGCCCUACUUCCACUUGCGCUACAACCAGCACUGCAGCUACAAUGAAUGAGUAGGAAAGUGUAUCGAUAGGCUUGCGUUGUUAUUUUUAGCGGCUUUGGUAUUUUUUUAAUAUCGAGGAAUAUUUCACUUUCUCUGGUCAUAGGAGUAACAACAUGAAUUUGUGCGUGAGGCAGCUGGAAGAUGGUGUCCCUAUUUGGUCAGUGAGGAAAGGGAGAGCAGAGGGAUGCUGAGAGGCGACCCUGCAGCCCUCUUCCUCUGCUGAGGAUAAUAAAAAUAAAAAUAAAAGCAAAUUGUUUAAAUGUAUGUUCACCUAGGGCUGUUGUGGUCAUGACAUUUUGUCAGCCGGUGGAUGUCAUACAAAUAACUGCAGUAAUUGACCGUUAAUUAACAUUAACAUAAACAAUUUGACAUGCACUUGAUAAUAUUCACACCCAUCAGGUUUAAUUUUUUAUUUAUAAUGGCCCACAAAAAAACAUAAUCCGUAGCCUGCACUCAAAUAGGGAUGCUACGUGCGGUUACCUUUUUAAUAUGCAAGCAUAGGCAGUGUGUCCAUAAAGCUAGGGGAAGCUUUUCCUAAAGUAAAUUGAAUUAAAUUGCCAAAAUAUACUGAAAUAAAUACAAUUAUUCAAAAUAGGCUACUAAAGCAUGAUUUGGCCACAGAGGAUCAUAAGCUUCUUCUUUUUUUUUUAUAAGAUGUGAUUUGUUUUAUAUCGUAUUGCCUACAGUCAGAAGGAAAGGCAGUGCGCGCAAUUUGGGGAGAUUAUUUUACAUUUUACAUUUUAGUCAUUUAGCAGAUGCUCUUAUCCAGAGCGACUUACAGUUAGUGAGUGCAUACAUUUUUUUCAUUAUUGUUGAGUUGCGACUGUCUGUGAAAAAUAUGCCAGGUUGUAAAGCGAAUUAAUGUGCUUCAUUUUAAUAACUGAGCAAUAAAUGUAGCAGCAUGAGAAAGCUGGGAUCUUCUUUUAAAUAGUGUCCAGUCAAAACUCUGUUAUGUUUAUUAGUAAAGGUAAUAAUAUAAGUCAGAUAAGCCUAUCACAUACAUUACCAUAUGUCAGUCAUAAGUCCCAAAGAGGGAGUUUUGUCCUGCUCCGAUAUUCAUCCCAGUCAUCAGUGACAGAGCAUUGGGCUUGGCACGUGUGACAUCAAUGUGUGUACAAUUACAAUGGUCAGUUUUAGAAUUUACAAAUACAUUUAGAAUGGAGUGGUUUGCCUUGUGUGGUAGGAUUUGUGGGCUUUGACACUCUUAUGUAGGUGUCAUAAGCAGCCAUAAAAUAUUGCAAUAUAUGUCACAACACGUCUAAAUAUGUGUCAUGACAGUGUUAUGACAGUGUUGUGACAGAUUGUCAGCUGUUAUGAAAUAUUAUGACAUGGUUAUGACCGUGUCAUAACGUGUUAUGACGCUAGCUGUCAAAUAAAGUGUUACUGUAGAUUCUUAAAGAGUAAGAAUCCAUUUUGGCAAAGGAUUUUCAGUUUGAGCUCACAAUUAUCUCAAUGCCAGUUAAAAUAUAUAUGACAUCCAAAUGAAUAGCCAAUAUUUAAUAAAUAGAACACAGACCUAUAUAGACAACAUGUAAACUGUAAACUUGUAAACUUCCUUUAUAGUCCACUAAAGAUGGCUGCCCUUGCUCCCCCGCAGGUGUGGUGUCAGCAGUGGUCUUUAUCACUCUGUGUGUAGUGGCGGUGAUGACCCGUUUCCUGUACCAGCACCGGCAGGCCCAGAGAGACGCCAGCAUCAAGGAGAAGGAGCACCGAACCAACCUGGAAACACCCUACCGGAGAGAAGCAGCCUACCAGACAGAACCAGCCUAUCGGACAGAGCUCCACCUCCAUGACAGUCAUAGCUCCACCCUCAGGGACAACAGGGAGUACUACAUCUGA